GCUGAAGCAGGCUGCCUGUGGGAGACGCGGUGGGAAUGGGGGCGUGGCCUGACACCCUUUCUCUUCGCUCUGUGCUAGUUUAGCGCGCUACGUCACCCUGUCGGGCGCGCGCACUGUGUCUGUUGGCGCGCACGCGCGGCGGUUUGGGAGUCGUUGACACGGUUGGUUCGUAACGGGAUCCGCGGCGGAGACCGAGCAGCACCGGAGAGGCUGUACCCGCCGGGGUGGCCGUGCCCAGGGCUCGGGGUGCCAGUCCUGGCUGCUCUCCGCUGACCGUACAGCAGGGGGCUCGGGGCCGCCCCCGCCGGUAACCGGGACCCGGGAGACUGAGGCAGCGGCCAGCGGAGGGCGAGAGCGCGAGGACCCCAUUCAUCACCCAACCGGGGGGAACUGCGGGGCGACUGCGGGAGAACGGCGGCCACCAUGAGGUGAGGGAACCCGGGCUGUGAGACAUUAUAUUAUAUUAUAUACUGUGUGUGUGCGUGUGUGGGGACAUUAUAUUAUAUACUGUGUGUGUGUGUGGGGGGGGGACAUUAUAUUAUAUACUGUGUGUGUGUGUGUGGGGACAUUAUAUUAUAUACUGUGUGUGUGUGGGGGACAUUAUAUUAUAUACUGUGUGUGUGGGGGGGACACAUUAUAUUAUAUACUGUGUGUGUGGGGGGACAUUAUAUUAUAUACUGUGUGUGUGUGGGGGGGACAUUAUAUUAUAUACUGUGUGUGUGUGGGGGACAUUAUAUUAUAUACUGUGUGUGUGUGGGGGGGACAUUAUAUUAUAUACUGUGUGUGUGGGGGGGACAUUAUAUUAUAUACUGUGUGUGUGGGGGGGACAUUAUAUUAUAUACUGUGUGUGUGUGUGUGGGGGACAUUAUAUUAUAUACUGUGUGUGUGUGUGGGGGACAUUAUAUUAUAUACUGUGUGUGUGUGUGGGGGACAUUAUAUUAUAUACUGUGUGUGUGUGUCGGGGGUCAUUAUAUUAUAUACUGUGUGUGUGUAUGCGGGGGACAUUAUAUUAUAUACUGUGUGUGGGGGGGGGACAUUAUAUUAUAUACUGUGUGUGUGUGUGUGGGGGGGACAUUAUAUUAUAUACUGUGUGUGUGUGGGGGGGGGACAUUAUAUUAUAUAGUGUGUGUGUGUGGGACAUUAUAUUAUAUACUGUGUGUGUGUGUGUGUGUGGGACAUUAUAUUAUAUACUGUGUGUGUGUGUGUGUGUGUGUGGGACAUUAUAUUAUAUACUGUGUGUGUGUGUGUGGGGACAUUAUAUUAUAUACUGUGUGUGUGUGUGGGGACAUUAUAUUAUAUUCUGUGUGUGUGUGGGGAUAUUAUAUACUGUGUGUGGCAUUAUAUUAUAUACUGUGUGUGUGUGGGGACAUUAUAUUAUAUACUGUGUGUGUGUGGGGACGUUAUAUUAUAUUGUGUGUGUGUGCGGGACACAUUAUAUUAUAUACUGUGUGUGUGUGCGGGACACAUUAUAUUAUAUACUGUGUGUGUGUGUGUGCGGGACACAUUAUAUUAUAUACUGUGUGUGUGUGUGCGGGACACAUUCUAUUAUAUACUGUGUGUGUGUGUGCGGGACACAUUCUAUUAUAUACUGUGUGUGUGUGUGCGGGACACAUUCUAUUAUAUACUGUGUGUGUGUGUGCGGGACACAUUCUAUUAUAUACUGUGUGUGUGUGUGCGGGACACAUUAUAUUAUAUACUGUGUGUGCGGGACACAUUAUAUACUGUGUGUGUGUGUGGUGCGGGACACAUUAUAUUAUAUACUGUGUGUGUGUGUGUGUGGGACACAUUAUAUUAUAUACUGUGUGUGUGUGGGGGGGACAUUAUAUUAUAUACUUUGUGUGUGGGGGGGACAUUAUAUUAUAUACUUUGUGUGGGGUGGGACAGACUGCUGUAAAAUGCAAUAAUAUAGUAUAUAGCAUGUUUAUACAAUAUAUGGUGGUUGCUACAACAUAGUGUUAUAUAAUCUAUGUAUCUGGGCUCACAAUUUCCACUGUGAUAUGGGAGACUGGCUGUUAUGAAAUAUCUUAUAAUGGUUAUACUAUUAUGGGGGGUUACUAUUCAAUAUACACUAUCAUAUAUUGCAACGUACUGUAUAUAAUGUAUUAUAUGGGAGACUGGCUAUACAAUAAUAUAGUAUUGGGGGGGUGGCUAUUGCACUGAGUAAUACAAUAUCAUCUAGGCCCUGUUAACGUAAUAAAUUAUCGGAGGGUGGCAUACUGACUGGUGCACUGAUAAAGUAAAAUAGGAUCUAUGUAAUAUUGUUUUGGGGAGAGGGGCGCACUGUCAGGUGCAUUGAAUGGUCAUGGGCUACAAAUAACAUUUUAAUAAUAUAUCUUGUAAUAUAAACAAAUCCUUGUAUUUCCCUUUGGUAGUGAUUGGGGGCUCAGUAGCUGUUACAGGGCUUUCUCCUAGGAUUAAGGGUUGGACAGUCUGCUUCACUAAUGGUUUGCUACAUGUGUCCAUUCUCUGUGAAUUAGGGGUCUGCCUGUUUAUUUUUAGGGUGAUGGCAGUGGUUACUAAUCAAAUAGUUGGGGGAAGGGAUGGACCCCAGGCCUGGAAGAGCAUUUGGCAAUAAAUAAAACGUAAGGAGGAUAAACUAGUUGUUACUGUGUGCAUACACUUUUGGGAACGGCUGUUUGCUAGGAAUAUGCAAUAAGUAAAAUCAUUAGGAGUUAAAUCAUGUUGUUUCUGUUUAUGCAGCCCUAGCCACACCUCCCCUGGCUAUGAUUGACAGAGCCUGCAUGGAAAAAAAAAAACUGGUUUCACUUUUAAACAGAUGUAAUUUACCUUAAAUAAUUGUAUCUAAAUCUCUAAAUUGAACUUUAAUCACAUACAGGAGGCUCUUGCAGGGUCCAGCAAGCUAUUAACAUAGCAGGGGAUAAGAAAAUCUUAAUUAAACAGAACUUGCAAUAAAGAGAGCCUAAAUAGGGCUCGCUUUACAGGAAGUGUUUAUGGAAGGCUGUGCAAGUCACAUGCAGGGAGGUGUGACAAGGGUUCAUAAACAAAGGGAUUUAACUCCUAAAUGGCAGAGGAUUGAGCAGUGAGGCUGCAGAGGCAUGUUCUAUACACCAAACCUGCUUCAUUAAGCUAAAGUUGUUCAGGUGACUAUAGUGUCCCUUUAAAGGGGGUGUGAGAAUAACAAUGCUUAUACACAUCAUGACUUUCUCCUCUGGAAGAUUGUCUGAGGAUAAUCCUGGAUUUUUUUUUGAAUUGCGCUUUAAUUUCCCAGGUUUAAGGAUGGUGCCAGUAUAAUUUGUGGAUUGCUGCACUGUUCCACCUCUCACUCCCAGGAUGGCUUGCCAAUACACACAAUGUUAUACAAAGGGAUGGCAAAGCCCUAUCCUGGAAGAAUGCACGGGUUAUCAGUUUGUGUUAAUUGUCUGAGUUCCUUUUCUGUGUUGGGGGAGGGAGAAAGGCAUAUUGAUUUAUACAUUUAUUUUAUGCCCCUGACAUUUGUGCUUGUGCCAUCAUGAAUAGUGGGAAUAUCUGGCCUUCUCCUUGUUAUUGGUGGUUUGGAAUACACAGGCAAUGCAAACGAAAUUUCUAGCAGAACCUUUUGGAGCAGCUCUGUCUGUACUGCUUUCCCAUUCUUUUGGUUGAGCCACGUUAAAGACUACCCAGAUCUGUGUUCAUUAAGGGUAGUGGUAGCAGCUGUGGUUGACAGGUGGCCUUACAAGGCAGCAUCACACAACACCCCUUGUCCCUCUGCUUACUCUUUGGUCAGUCUGCCUGGAUUCACACAUUUGUCUUAGUAGGGGUGCCAUAUAAUGUUGGCUUCUAUUUCCAUCAGUUUAGGAAGUGCUGUUCUAGUCUCUAUCUUCAUAUCCUGUUCUGCUGCAGUAGAGCUCAUUCUUGCAGUUGACAUAUGCAAUAUGUUUCUAUAGCCAUACAAAGUAAUUUUGUGUUUUAGCUCAAUUAAGUAGUCUUUAGCAGCCAUGUAUACUGGUAUGUCUGUGGUGGUAUUGCUAUGUUGCCUGCAGUUACACUGCCUGUCUGAUUAACACAUCACUAGAAUGCAAAAAUGCAUUUGUCUGAGGAAAAAGUAGAGCUAUUUGUUUUCUUAGUUUGUUACAGAUACAGUUUACAAACCUUUGCCUUUAGUGCCUGAUUGCCUCAGUAAACUAUGUAAUCAUAUAGACUUCUUAUCAUUUGCCAUUUUGUUUACCUCUAAAGCACCACAGUGCCAUUUGUUUCUGAAAUACACUGGAAGAAGCUUCAUUAACCUUAUAAUUAGGACAGUCAUAAAGUAAUGUAUAGAAGAGAGAACGCGGUAGCUGAUAGGCCUGUUUUUGCAAUAUACAUGCAGAGAAAGAGGACUUGGGACACUACGGAUCUCUCAAGGGUGGUCACAAGGUAGAGCCUCCUGCUGGCAGAGCAUUUUGGGAGUUGUAGUUCUGCAACAGAUACGUUUCUACCUUUCCUUCCUUCCCUGCUCGAAGUUGGUUUUAGGGCACAUGCCAGUGUUACAGAUAGAAUAACUCACUCAUUUGUGCAGCUUUAUGUGUUAGGCCUGGGGUGUAUUUAAAUAUCUUGCCUAUUAUUACACUUUAACACUGAGUUGUGUUGUAUAUACCGUAAUUGGAACUCCGAGAGUUAAUAUAAGUAUGAAUCAAAGGCGGUCUCUGUGAAUGACUGCGAUUCAGAUUAUCUGAGCCAUGCGUUUGGGGAAUGUUCUUAUGAUGCUGUUGAUAGGCAGCCCAACUGUUCCCAUGUAUUUAACUGUCUGCUCCAGUUAUAUGCUUACAUGAAGUGAUACUGUUUAACCUCCUGCUACACUAUAUUUUGUUCACUUUUGGGGCUUCAUGGGAUCUCUUUUCCUUUGUUUGGGUACUGGAUGAGAAUUCAUUAAAAUACAUCCUUACAGGAGAAAUCCUUGCGAUAUUAUUUAUUUAUUUUCUUCCUCUAUCUUUAGAGGGAACCUAUGAUUGUAUGGCUGUUUUGUGUUUUACCUGUCUGACUAUUGUACAGUAAAAUCUGCCUUGGAUCUAGCUCGAUUAAUCAAUUCUAAAUGAAAAGUGCUUGCGAUGAUACUGCAAUCCUUUUAUGAAUUGGGAUUCCCCUCUUGUAGCUUUGUGUUUCUGCCUGUGUUUAGUAAUGUAAGCUUUUUAGUCUUUUAGAGCAUUGUUAUAACAUGGUAACUUUUAUUCAAUGGUCACACUGCAUUUCAUUUAAAGGAGCAUGCUGUAUUGUGACCUAGUGUAGUGAAGCACCCCCAAAAUUAUUAUUAUUAUUUUUUUUUUUUUUUAAAUCUACAUUUUUUAAGGUCUGGCUGGGGAGCAUCAUGGGAAACCUGGAGCAUGCUACAAUUGUAUGAUGUGAGAUUUGGGACCUCUUCAUCUUUGUGACUUAUUGUUUUUGGUUUUUGGCUAGCUAGUGAUUUCUGCUGCCCACAGAGGUGUUUAGAGUCAUGAGCAUGCAUUUUUAUUUAUUAUUUUAAUCCUCAUCUUGUUUGUUGCAUUGCAGCAGAUGUUGCCCUCGGUCCAAUCAAUACCACCAAAGGAUCAUGUUUAUCUCUGUAAAAAUUGGAUUUGUCGGUUUCUUAUUAGUCCCAGAUUUUUUACAGGCAAUAUCUGUAAUGGUUUAAGCCACUCGUAUCGAGCAGUUGUCUUGUGACAUGAUGGUAGUGUGUUGCUUCGUUUGCAAAUUUGAGUUUGGUGCAGCAUUUCGUGAGAAAUGAGACCUGCAUGCUGAUCUAUUAUAAUAAAAUGCCAUCUCCCAUCUUGUUGGCCUGUCUUUUAAGAUUAAACAAGUUACUUAAAACAAAAGUGCUUCAAUGGCGUUCCUCUUUGACAAUAUUGCCUUACAUGCAGUUGCUGUGCAGCUCUGUGUUUUUUAAAGAUUAAUGGCAUACAGUUGCUGCAGCCUCUAUAAUGUAACUCUGGAAGGGUUUGCUGAGAUAAUACACCAUCUAUUUAAGACACCGCAUGUCAGGUUAUCUAUAACAGAGCAGCUCUGUCUUCUGUCUGUCUUUUUUUUUUUUACCAGCAAAUACAGAUUUUAUUUUUCUCCAUAUUCUUUGCCUGUGCAUAAAGUUUCUUUCUGCAAAAAUACAACACCAAAGUGUAACCAGUGUGGUAAUAUAAGUAUAAAAUAUACUUCUCUGAUUUCAGAUAAACAGCCUCCCAAGAUCGUUAACCCACAAACGACCUUAUACAAUACAUGGAAAAUAUGGGAUACAGCUGAGCUCAAUCUAAGACAAGGAACAUAAAAAAAAAAAAAAAUUAUAUAUAUAUAUACAUACAUACAGUAAUAUAUAGAUGAAGUGCGCAAAAUUGAUGUACACUCACAAGAUAGACGUAUAAAGCGCUCAAAGGUGCCUCCCCGAUGAAGAUUCCUUUUUAUAUUCUAUGUUGGUGGUAGUUAUAAACCUUUUUAUAAUACAUUUUUGAUAUAUUAUACCUCAGUUUCACCUUUUGCAGUCCUGAAUUUCCAUCUUAUCCAUUGUAGUGGACGUGGAAAUAUUUAGCCACCCAUAUUCAUUGGGGAGGCACCUUUGAGCGCUUUAUAUGUCUCUAUCUUGUGAGUGUACAUCAAUUUUGCGCACUACAUCUAUAUAUUACUGUAUUACAAAAUGUUUUUUUUUUUAAUGUUCCUUAUCUUAGAUUGCGCUCAGCCGUAUCCCAUGUUUUCCACAAAGUUUCUUUCUACAUGAAACUUUCCCCCCAUAUGGAAUUGCUGUGAAUUUGAUGUUUAAAAUAGGCAGCCCAUGUGAAUUUUUUUUUUAAGUAAGGACAUAAAGUGAAGGUUGAAUACAUUCCUGUUUAUUUGCAUAAGACAUGCCUAAUACUUUUUAUGUACAAAAUUAAAUAAAAAAAGCCAAAAAUGGGAUGUUUGUCAUGCUGUUUUUAUAUUCGCUACGGCAUCUGGCAGGACAUGUGCAAUCUCACCUCUGGAAUAUCUCCCAAGCCUUGCUUGUAAUAGUGUUCAUGUGCUAUAAUAUGAAGUGGGGUAUCUCCCACUAGCCUUGUCUGCUAGACUAUUAAAGUAAGGGGACGGCCUCAGUGGUUGAAGGUGUGGUGCAUAUGGACCUCUCCCCCUUAUUUUCUCCAAGUAAGACUUCCUUGUUAAUUGGGUGGAUAUCUGCAAAAAAUGUAGUCCUCUGGAAUGCUAUAGAUUGUAAAAAGGCGAUGCAUCAUGUAAAUGGGUAAUCAAAUGAAUCUGUCAUAGGGGAAAGGAUUUUAAAUCUAGAGGAUGAUAGCCAGAUUCCUGGGUACUGUUCUUAUGCAAAGGUUUAGCUUCUGUUUCCGUGCUAAUCAAAUAAAGAAUGAUUGUGUUGAUCUGUUAUGGGUAAUCUGCAUGCAAGGUCUACAGGAGGGCUGUUACGUGGACCAGUGGGGACCUUAAAGGGACACAAAGCACUACAGUUUGUUCUGCUUAUGAUGCAGAGACAUUUGGUGCCACCGUCCAUUUUGUGUCAAACUGUUUUUUGAGUAAGUUUGACAAAAAAAAUAGCUCUCUAGGCACCUACAGCCCUCCGUUCUGCUACUGCUCAGCUGUUGCAGAAGUUCAGUAUUUCAUUAGCCCAAUUCACUUUGGCAAGACAACGUUAUAGUCUGAGUGAGUGGCAAACUCAUCUCCAGCAUUCUCAGCCUAUCAUUGCUUCCCCAGAGUAGUAGAUGCAGGGUGCGGCCAAGGGAGAAGUGCCCCUCAGACUCUUGCACAUAAGUACUAGCAUGAGCUCUACUGGUUAUGUUGCCAAUUACCCCAGUAAUAAACUGGUGACACUGUUAAUGCAGCUUUCUUGGUGUAAAAAACUUUUUAUAAAGUGUUCUAUCCGGUUUCUUGCUCUCUGGAAUAGCAGGCAGCACAAUACCCAAGUAAGGUGGCCACAACCGCAUAUUCAUAACCGAAGUGCAGUGAAGGGAAAUCGACAGUCUGUAGCUCAGUUGCUAAGUGCUGGUAAUAGUCUAGGCCAGCAGUUCCCAACAUUGUCUUGUAGCAAGGUAGAAUUUAAUGAGGGUAAUUUCCAUGGCUCACCUACUCUUGCUUUCUUCAGGAGCUUAUAAAUGUCACAUUUACCAGUCUGACUAGACUACUUCAGUUAAAGGGUUACUCCAAGCACCAUGACCACUUCAGUGACUUAAAAUUAUUAGUUUUGAAACCCUGUAUUUACAGAGAUUAAACCCCUUGCUGGCGGAGGUGUAACUUCACCUACCCCAUCUUCAUAAGGGUGUCUGCUUCAUUGCACAGACCUUUCAUUCAUUGACUGAGAGCAGUCCGCUAAAUCUCUCAUCCAGUGUAUGUCGAACGUCGCAGCUCCUGCAGUUCACCAGAGAGCAUCAGAGUCCAUCAUGAGCCCAUGUAAGGUACUGUUGGUAAACGGUUUGCCCCAUUACUGGGGAACCAGACAAGGUUGCUCCUGGCAUUACAAACACUGUAGUGGUUAUGAUAAUUGGAGUAACCCUUGAACUUGCUAGUUUUAGGUAAUUGGAAAACCGGAAACCCAGGUUUGAUGCAGACAUGUUGUUUUUAAAAAAAAUAAACACAAAUUGUUUUACAUUUUGUAAAAAUGUUUUCAUUUGUUAAGGGAGAACUUGAUCUUGAAGGUCAGUUUUAGCUAUUUUUUUUAUGGUAGAAAGGGUUACAGUAACUAAAAACAGUACUUUUGUAACGUACACUGCUAACGCUAGUGUUACAGUUUAGGUGACCGUCCCCCUGCUGCCAGGGUUACAAAGGUAGUUUCCUUUUAUCAUUUUCCACCUCACCGGUUUCCUUGGUGAAGCUCCACCUCUCUCGUACCAAUUGGAUGGUCGCUAUAAGACCAUCUGAUAGAAAUAGCCAGCCAGGAAGGCGCUUCCGGUGUAAAACACUGUCAGUAUGACGACCACUAGAGGCAGGUUAAUCCUACAAUAAAAAUAUUGCUAUUCCUGCAGAAACAGGGGAGACGUGGCACCCACACCAGUUCAUUGAGAUAAAAUAAUGUUUAACUUUAACAGAUGACAUUCAUUACUGCCUUAAUGUUAAUGUGACUUGUGGCUUGAGUCCCAUUGCUUGAAAAACACUGGUCUGGGCAAACUUUUGUGUGAUAAGAUCUAUUUCAGGUAGAUGGAUAAUUGUAUUUUAAGAACUGCCUUCCGCAUACACCACCUUACUCCCUCUAUUAGCUUUUUUCUACUAAACCUAUCAUGUUCCGAGUUGCUAAAUCUAUCAUGUUCUUAUAUUGUCUAUUAAUGUUUAAACUAGAAUAAAAAUGCUUUGCUUGCUUACUUCUAUAUGCUUACUUUAUGCUGUAUUCUUCAAUCUCACAUUCUGAACAAAAAUGAAUUGCGAUCCUGGUAAAUAGUUAAAUUUUUUUUUUUUUUUUUAAAUCUUUGCAAUCUCUACUGAUCUUUGUGUUAUUUCAAGUUUGUGUUUUCGGGGCGGUCAAAGAUUGUAUUACGGUACAUUGCAGAAUAUUCAGUUUCAGCCUACCAGUAGUUAAAGGGACACGCCGGGGUUAAUUUCUCACCCUCCCUUAUUAUAAUGCAUAUUACAGUGCAUUGUACUUGUCCCACUUUUUCAGUAAAUCCCUGGAGUCUAAUCCCCUGUUAUUGGCUGAGGUCUGUUCCACUGUGGUUUACUUUGGGAGAAUUUCCGUGUAUGGACCAUCUUGGCUCCUGUGGGGGAUUAAACUAAUUUACAUGUUAUGCCCAAUAUCAUGUAUACAAUAUCAUUUAAGAAAUAAAAAAAUAAAAAACACUAUCUUUUAACGUGGUAGAGCCUUCUUUUAAGGAUAAUUUGCUCUGAAUGUCCAGAUAAAAGCAUAUUUAAACUACACAUGAAUGGUUCCCAUCGGGCUGUGUUCGCAGAAGGUUGUUUUUUGGGGUUUGCAAGCACUUGGUUGUACUGGUGUGUAACCCCACAGGUUCAUGCUUUUAGAUAAAAAGAUUGCAUGAAUUUGCCCUUUAUCAUGUAACUGAAUACAAACAACUUGCUUUUGGCUACCCUGGGUUAACUGCAAAAAGGAAUUCUAACUGCUUAUAGGAUAGGUUGUUUUCUCUUCAAAUUGAGGUUUCCACUUCAAUAGCACAUUCCCUUAACUGGGGGACAUCUGCAUGGAGUAGGGUUUCCUCCUCCAUCCUAAAGAUUCAUCCUGGUCACUUUUGAGAAAGCCAAUAAAGUUAGAGAGGGAGAGGCCUGUGGUUUCUUUGUCUGUACAGAGUGUUGUUCAAUGUUGACACAUAAGGGAGAGAACCACAGAAACCUUGCAAGCUGCCUUCACAUUUUAGCUGCAAACCACUCUGUUAGCAUUUUAAGGUGUGGGAUUUUGUUGAUAUAAAAAAAAUUUAAUUUAAUACACGAUUCAGGUAAUAGCAGGAUAAAAAGUAAUCUUGAAGAGUAAAAAAAUCAUCGGAGCCUUUUAAUAGUAAUCAUAAUAUAUACUGUUUGCUGUUUAUACGACAAUUCAUAUAGGGAUUGAUAGUUGGUGAAGAAAGGCAUUGAGUAAGUGGCCCUUAAACUUUUGCAUCACUGGCCACCAAUGUCAUAUAAACCCUGGUUUCUCAACCUGUGGUAUGAUUACCACUACGCGCGCCAAAAGUACAGGGUACUCAAGGGCCGAAUUUUUCACAAGGCCUUGGCACGGCAGGCAGGAAAUGGGAGGCACGGUAGGGAGAUCAAAGAUCUCAAUCACCAGCAGUCCACACUCCUGCUGUGGGACAUGCAGGGCCAGCGCUCGAAUAGAGGCCCUAAUUGGUUUCUGUAUCCUGCUCUUUAUUAGUGUUGCUGUGGUUACCGUGGCAAUGCUCUGAUGCAUUUCCUGGUGCCGGCCGGCUGGAGCUGUCUACACUCACUGGGGCACAGACAUGCUGCUUUCCCCACCGGACCACCAGCGAUAAAGAUUCCACCCUCCCUGGCUUCAGGGUAGGGGGAAGAAGUUUUAAUUAUUUUUUAAAUAAAAAAAGUUCCCUACUCCAAAGUUAUGUUUGUGUGCCAGUGUGCUUUUGUAUGCAAAUGUGUUUCUCACCCAGGGGCGUUUUUAGCCGCGAGGCAAACAAGGCAUUUGCCUUGGGCGGCAUUUUUCAGGGGGCGGCAAAAAACGCGGCGCUGGGCAGGCGGCUGGCGAGGGAGCUCUUCCUCUGAGCUGUCCGCUCAGCUCCCUCGCGCACCGCAGAGUGAGGCUGGGAGCCGGAAAAUUACAUCACAAAACCAGGAUACACCACUGUUCUUACCUGGAUACACCUAGGGCAGCACAAAACCAGGAUACACCACUGUUCUCACCUGUAUGUUUUUUGUUUUUUUUCAUACUUCAGAUUCAUAGUUCAUACACUCCUCCUCACAUACACAAUAUUCACAUGCGAUAUUUAUUAAAAAAGAUUAUGUACUACCUUUUAAUCGGGCUUGUUCUCCAAUAUGGCAUCAGUGUACAGUGUAUCAUUUGUAAUUUAAAAAGAUAGAAAUUACUUUCUCAAGGCAGGGGUACUUAGGAAUCUUUUUUAGGCCUGCAGGGGGUACUUCUCCAUAAAAGGUUGAGAACACUGCUAUAAACCAUACCAUUCUCCGAUAGACACAGUAUUCAUCAGUAAAUGACAUGAAACCCACCUUGUGAACAUCACCCAAAUGGAAGUCUUAGGACACCUUCACAAGGGUGAAUUUGAUUUAAAUUGAUAGAAAUCAUGAUUUAAAUCAUUGGUCCGUAAGAUUUGAUUCAAAUCAUAAUUAAAAAAAUAAAUAAAAAAAAAAAAAUAUAUAUAUAUAUAUAUAUAUUUUUUUUUUUGCAAGAUCUCAUUCUUCCUCAAUAUUUAUGAAGUGUGUGUGUAUAUGAGAGGAGGAGGAGAGCUCCCUGCCCAGCGCUGUCUCAUUGACAGCAGCAAGAGGCGUUUGCGUGCUUCUCACUGUGAAAAUCACAGUAAGAAGACGCCAGCGUCCAUAGGAAAGCAUUGUAAAUGCUUUCCUAUGAGACAGGCUGAAUGCGCACGCAGCUCCUGCCGCUCAUGCGCAUUCAGCCGAAGAGGAGGAGGAGAGCUCCCCUUCCGGCGCUGGAAAAAGGUAAGUUUAACCCCUUUCCUUGCCAUCCAGCCUGGCGUGAGUGGGAUCCUGAGGGUGGGUGCACCCUCAGGGCACUAUAGUGCCAGGAAAACGAGUAUGAAAGCCUGCAGACAGCACGUCUGCAGCUAAGAAUACAUGCAGAAAAAAAUCAUCCAUGUUUUUCUUUUGGAAGCAAAUCUACUAAAAUGUUUAACAAAAAAAACCUACCGUGUGCCUUCCCUUUUUAAAGAACACUUCUGAAAGUUAACAGCUACUAAAUACUAAGGAAUUACAGCAUUUAUCGCUGGCGGAGAAGCUCAGGGUUAUGUGAUUGAUAUCUGUUGUGGCAAUUUGAUCACGAGCAAAGCAGUUGCCGAGUAGAUCGAUACUAUGGCUGCCAAAUACAAACUGUGUUGAACGUUUGGAUUAAAAUUAGGAUUAAACUUGUGUUUAAAUCUUUCAGGACAGACGCAAUGCUAGUGGAGUUUUAUGGGAAAGCUAGACAUUUGCCAUGUCUCGUUUUGUAUAUGUUUAAGUUGUUAGUUUUUUAGUUUGUUUGUUUAUUUUUUUCUUUGUACCUGGCAGUCAGUAUAGAGAGAGUACACAGAGAAGAGAGGAAAUUAAAGGAGCACUCCCAAGUACCACUAUAUUGCACUGCAGUUGUGGUGCCAGGAGUGACUUCUCCCAACCCCCAUUAUAAGUAGUCAAACUAUUUUAAAAUGGUGUCUCUCUCUGCUUUAUCUUUGAACAACAGAGAGCCAGAAAUUCCUAAGCAGCUCUCUGGAGCCAGGCUUGGGUCACAGCUCAUUGACUGAGAGUGCCCAGCUGAUGCUUUCAGCCAAUGAGCUAGCCCUGCACUACGUGAGUCUGGUGCGCCGAUGGGAGCUCUGUGCAGGAUCUUCGGGCAGUCUCUCAGAUGUAGCGGAGGUGUACCCCAGGUAUGAGUCAGACCGCGCUGUAAUGUUUAUGGUGUUUUGUGUGUUCCUUAAUACAAUGUUUCUAUUCCUCCUCUUAAUUUACAUUUGCCCUAGCUUUGCAAAUUACAUCACAAUCCAUUUCAGUCUAGGCACAGCCAGCCAGGUUUGCAAACGAGAUGGAGGACUAUAGAAACCUUUUAAUUUAUCUGAAUACGAUCUCUAUGCUGACUGCCAGGUGCAAGGGACAGAGCUUAUAACAAAGGAAGUGAAGAUGAAGGCUUCCAGCUACAGCUAUUUUUCAUUCUUCAAAAAUGCAAGUUUUGGAUGAAGAACAUCCGUUUGCUAGGUUUUUACUAAAACCCGGUGAGUGAGAGGAGAUUUGAAGUGUACAGUGGCUGCUUAGUGUCUAGUAGGUAGUGAUCAAGGCUGACUAGGCUGGCCAUGGAAGGAUGACAUGCUGUUAAUGUGACCAGAUGUGACACACAAUAGACACUACUAAUCUAGGUUUCAAAUCACGUUACAAAUCUUGGUUGCAUUUUUAAACUUGGUUGUAGUUUGUUGGUAAUUGUCUUAACAUUUUACGUCCAUUGUGUCCUCCUCCUGGCCUCUCGAGGUCUUCUUUCAUGUACACCCUAAACAUUUUGUGUCAAGGAUUGGGUGCUCCGUGGGUUCACUCGCUCUUUGCUGCUGCGGAACUUUCCUUCUUCAGUGCUGUUUGCUUCUUUUGGAAUAAAGUCUAUUACAAUCUGAGCAGGAAAUCCUUUAAUCGUCCUGAUGCAAAAAUUGCAAGAUUAGACCAGCUAGCCUGGACAGAGCCAUGCAAAUAUUAUUAUGUUUCUAGAGGAUGAACUUUCACAUGCUUUGCUUGAACUAAUUGGUGUCCAAAUCCCCCUUUUAAGGUUUUGAAUAAUCAGUGGUGAUGUACAUGGUAGUAUUACAUUUAUUAAAUGAUGCAUUUUGUUUACUGAGCUACGGUUUACUGUUCUCAUAUUUGGUGCCAGUCCCUCUAUGUAAAGCAGGCUAUGCCAAUAUCGUCUAGAGAUGGGGCUACUGUCUUCUAAACAUGUCUCCAAGUAAUGGAGUCUAAUCUUAAAGUUGCAGAGUUAUCAAGGCCAUAAUAAAGCUGUUUAGACAUUAAAUGUAAAUUAUCCGUGUUGCUCAACGCAGAACUCUGCAGGAUCUCAGGCAAGCAUGUCCUGCAGAGUUCAUUAAAGUGUAGGUGAAGCUUUCAGACUAGGAAGAGUGCUACAUUAUAUUCAUAAAGGCAAUGUUGGUACCAAUAUCUGUGUUUAAAGUUAACUUGGUAAAAUAAAAUAUUGUUCUAUAGCAUACACGUAUACAAAGAAGUGUGUCUUGCACACAUAGAAUAUUGGAGCUCUCUGGUAGGGAUCUGCAAUCCCCAAGGUUCAAAUUCAGAAAAAUAUUGUUCCGCAGGCAUCGCAUUAUAAUGUGAAAAAGCAAGGGUUUAUUAAGCCUGCUACAAACAAAAGUACUGUGUUUUGCCUGCUAGGCUUUAAAAGGAAGCUAUAGUCACCAGAACCACUACAGCGUAAUCAAUGUAAAAGCUGCUUUUUCCAAGAAAAGGCAGUGUUUACAUUGCUGCCUAGUAACACCUCUAGUGUCAGUCACUCAGACAGCCACUAGAGGUGCCUCCUAUUUCAGUGCUGCACGGGGUGUAGCACCUGCAUUCAGGAGAUGCUGGUUGGAGCAGCGCAGAGUUUUGCCAUGUAUGCACAACAGCCUCCAAAUGCAUUCCUGUGGGGAAAAGACUGAUCUCAGCCAUGGAGUUGGCCCCAGCUGUGGUGAGACCAGAGCGGCAAUGAAAAAAAGGUAAGUAAAUCUCAAAUUUUCAUGCACUCGGAGGGGGGGCCGAGUACCUAAACAUUGAACGUGUUACUUAUCAUGUUUGUAUUCCUAACCACUGUACCUUUAAUCAUAUACAAAGCAAAUCACCAACUACAGCCUAUAAAAAAAAUACCUGUGGUAUCUUUCAUUUCAUUAGCCUGUUGGGCAAAGUUACAUCUUAAUGAAGGACUGUCAUUUUUCUGAGAUUCACAUAUUCUCUUUUCUGAAGUAUGCCCUGAGUUGGGUGUUGGCGUAAUUUGUAACCCCCCUACCCAAACCUGUCCCUCACAGGUGCAGCCAUCACUUUCCAGCCGGUCCUUUUCUGUUCUUUGUGCUUUAGUCACAAGGUUAUUUAUAGAUGGAGCCAAUUUCCUUGUGACUGUAACUGGUUAUUGCUGUGAGAUUGACCCUUAUAGACAGCAGUAGCUUCGCCCAGUGUCUCGACGUGUCAGGUGUAGGAAAAAUACUGAGAAAAUGUAGUUUCCACUUUGUCUCAGUAUAUAUUUUGACUGGAUUUGAAUUUUAGUGAAAUUCCAACAUGGUCAAUGAGAUUUCAUAAUGAUUCUGUCUUUAAGAUAUAGUGACUUUACAUGUGUGGGGGUGGAUUCACAGUUCUGCUUUAAGCACACUUUUUUUCCUCCACGAUAUGCCUAGCAGCAUCUACCGGAGGUGCUCCUUCUUGUGAAUCCAAACACAUACAUUUAUUGUCCCAGGCAAUUGAAAUAGUUGGACGUUUAUCAUUUGCAUUGUCUGUCCGGCUGUGUCACAACAGCAUUCAAUCCAGUGCAAAUCUAACCCACCUCAGGUUUAAACAAAUUAAAUAAAUGAAAACCUCUGUGUGCUGACGACAGGCUUCCCAUAUGCACAGAAGUAACAUUAGCCACCUGGAACUCUUGUUACGAGCUUGAUGCCCCAGUGAUGAAGGCUCAUUGCAAAGUCGAACUAAGUUAAGAUACAAUUGUGAUGGAACGCUGGCACUCCGACUGAGUACCUCCGCCAAUCGAUGCUCCUAGUGCUCGCUGAGGACUCCAACCGACACCAUCAGCACUGCAGACCCCACUUCCAGCGAUGCAACUGCGCCGGGGUCUCUGCUGUUUCCACCCACCCUGGACCCAAGGCCAGGAUCCAGCUUCCAGUGGGUGAACCUCUCUUUCCCCAGAGAGCAGGAACAGGAACAAAUCAAGCUAUUGCAAGAGCUUCCUCUGGGGAGUAAGUGAUUAUAGCAAUCCCCAGAGUGUAGGUAUCCCUUCCCCCAAACAUGAGCCAAGGCUUAAUGCUGGAACAAGACUGAUUUACUGGCACACAGAACUCACAAUUUAUGCAACACAAAACUCCUCCUCUGGGCCAGGCUAGAUAAUUGAGUUUCUACAAUACACAAAGCUCAAUUAUCUGCUGGCCAGAAAUAAUACAGUUUCAUAAAACACACAGGGACCCCAAAACAUGCAAUAACCCCAUAAAAAGUAUAUCCUUGGAACCGGGGGAUCUGGGUGAACCACAUAUCCAAAAUUCACCCAGAUCCGUUCAGUACUUUGGAAAAUACAGUUUAAUGCAGAUUCUGCAGAACAUAUACAGGCUAAAUGAAAAACAAUCACUUUAUAAUGUGUCCCCUGCUGUAUAGUCCAAAACCACUGCACGAUGUCUCUGUGCACCAAAUACUGGCGAGAUGGCACCGUGUUGAAAAGUCCAAACAGUGUCUGUGAGUUAUCCAUUGUUCUCACCAUGUGCUUCUGAUACAGGAAAUGGUGGCCACCCAGUAACUCCACAGUAUGUCCCCAGAUGGUUCUUAAAGGGCCAGCAGCACACAACACAAAUCCAUUAUGCCCAAAUCAUGUCUUUAAAGGGCAAUACAUCCCAGGGGCCAUAGUCACAGGGCAAGAGGCGGGCAAGCAGUCCUCUCCAGGCACAAGUGGCGAAGGGCACUUCGUCACAACAAUCACUUGCAAAAUGAUAUUGCUCCCUGGGGAAAUGGACCCAUCAUAUGCCUGACAUCCUAACCACAAUAGUGCGUCUAAAUCUGUAUAAUAAACAUUUUAAAAGAAUGGAGCAUCACAUUAACCUGGCUAAAUAAACACUUCAAGCAUUAGAACUGCUACAGCCUGCUGAAGGGUUUAUAGGGCUCUGGCACCCAAACCAUAUUUAGGAUAUUUUGACAACUUACUUGGGUCACCCAGGUGCUUCCAACGCAUCUGGUCUUUUCGUGCAUGAAAAGCCUGGUCUGCUCACUGAGCUAAGCAGUCCCAUACAGGACCGGGCUAUGACAUCCCAUACAGGACCGGGCUGUGACAUCCCAUACAGGACCAUGCUAUGACAAGAGCCCUAUACAAAGAGCGUCCAGAAGCAGGGUGUGCGAGUGACCCAGGUAAGUUGUUUGACCAGCCUAAAACUCUUAGUGGAUUGUAGUGCUUUUGAUCCUUAGAGUUUUCCUUUACCAGAAAUUGUUUGUGACUCGCAAUGUUUUAUUUAAUGGUUGCCAAAGCAGCUAAAGAGAUUUGCAGCGUUUUUCACUGAAAUGAGAAUUAAGGGUGAAUUCAAAGUGAAUUUCAAGUUUAAGGUCAAAACUGGAAUAAUCCUCGAAGUCCGCUAUGUUUUCAGUUUCACUGUUCUGGCCUUAAAUUUGAAAUUGUCUUUGAAUUCACACUUCAGUUAAUACCUCUGUCAAGAGACGAUAUACAUCUUCCUAUUACAGUGUGUGCAGAUACUGUUUAAAUUAGAAUUCUAAUUCUGCGGCUUUCAGCCUCAAUCUCCUCCCACUGAAAGAAAAUACCUUUUACAAAUAUAGAAAUUUAUAGUGCGUGUUAAUCUGUAUUUUAUUUUUUGGUCUUACUUGGCUAUUUCAGAUAGUCCAAGAUGGUUGCCAAAAGUGAUAGGUUGAUUUAAAAACCAAAAAAAAAAAAAAGUCAGGCUAGAAAGCUGCAUGCUUUUGGUUUGCACUUGUUCUAGUUUGCAUUUGUCUCUGUCUGUGUUCACGGUGCCCUUUGCACAUGGCUGGUUUAAUGGCUUAUCCUUUACACAACACAAGGAAUAAAAUGCUUGCUUUGUUUUACUUUGGUUUCUUUCUGAGAAAAUAAUUUUGUGUGCACAGGACCAAGAAAGACGUAAACUUCAGUGGAGUAUAAUAAUUUAAUCUCUCUGGUCUGGCGUUUUCAAUUUCACAUUAUACAGAUAAAAUAAGUAUUUUGGUCCUUGUAUGAAGGAACCUCUAAGACGAGGUGUCUGAUCUAAUGAGUUGGAGAUGUGACCAAGUGGCCGACCAUGCACCAUUGGUGAACAAUACAGAACACUGCAUAAGAUAAAUCUCCUGUUUUAUUCAACCUCUUAAGGACACAACUUCUGGAAUAAAAGGGAAUCCCAUCAUGUGUCCUUAAGGGGUUAAAUGGUGUAAGAAAUCCUUUACUGAACCACCAAAGCUUCCGGGUUCCCUUCGAAAAUGGCAUAGACAUAUUGUAUACAUGGCUGUUUUUAGUUGUACUGUUGAAAUCUGCCCAUGUUUGAACAUACUGGGUAGGACCUACCUCGGUGAGUUCUUGGAGGGCCUGGUGUUUAAAACCGUAAUGUGUUGGACUCUCUUUGGAGUCUCAAUUGUUUUUAAGCUUGCGGAGUUGAACCUUCCUGGAGUAUUUUCUGUGAAGGCUUGAUGGUUUUUAGAAGCUUAUUUGGUCAAACCUACUGUGGGGCACCAGUAAUUAAAAUUGUAAUUUUAACAGUCUUAUAUGCUUAUGAAAUAGUACAUGCGACCGUUAACCUGCUUGUCUUUUUAUCUCUCGUGAUUCAGUGUGUUUCCAAUAUAAAUUUUAAAGAAAUCAUUUGGAACUGCUUGAAGAUAAUAGAGCAUUUGUGCCCCAAUGCUUUUACUUGACUUUUUUUGUUUAUCUGUCAUUUUACUUUUGCAUAUCAUUUAUAUUCAUUGUCAUAUCUUUAUUGUCAAAAUUUGAAAAAUAAAUAAAUCAAAAUAUAAUGUAGAGCUUGCAGAACUCUUUAGACCCCAGGAUCUCCUGUUGCCCAUGUUGCAAAGUAGCCUGGAGGUCCCUGGCCAUUUAUAUUGGAUUUCCAGCUGUUGUGUUAGGACAAACAGAUUGUACCAUCCCUUUGGGAGCCAUUAAAUAGCUCAAUUCUGAUGUCAUUGUUCUGGAGGGGAGAGUUCCAAUAGCUCAACUUAACCCCUCUAGUGCACCAGGAUUUACUUCACUUAGUGGCACUAAAAAUGGUAAAAUGGGUUUGAAAUGUGUAGAAAAUAAAGCGCCCAAAUUGUGCUGGAUGAACAUUUGUUUUAAUGGUUCAGUUGUAUUGAUUUACAGUUUCAUUACUUAUGUCUAGUAAUUAGAAAAUAAUUUCCAUCAUACACAGGAAUACAUGUGUUAAUCUGUAAAGGCAAAAAGCUUUCAAUGCUGACUUUUUUGUACUGAAAAGUUUAGAUUCAUAGAGAACAAGGGCAUUCUAUAUAUUCUAAUAAAAGCUAGUGCUCCUCGUGUGGUGUGCAAAUUUUUUUGUGACCAUCCUCCUCCCUGCUUUUCCACAGUACCUGCUGCUUCAUAAAUAUUCAGGCAAAGCUGUCGGCGAUAUAUUAAUCUGCCAGGUAUUGAUUUAACUGAAUUGGAAUGAAGUGACUUAAUGUGAAUUUUUUUUUUCUGGAUAAAACCUGUCCAGCAUUUGGUUCCCAUGUAAAGGUUUCCAUCAGAUAAGGAGAAAGUGAUUUGCUCCUUAUAUGAGCUACAGCCAUGAACCUCUGACAGGUGCGGAAUGGGUGGGAGGGUGCCAUGCUGCCGCUACAAUGUAUUAAAAAAGCUUCCAGUGAAGGAAAGAAAACAGGGAGCUAUUUUUAGUUUGAACAUUUUUUUAUUCAUUGCAUUGUGGAUUGUGCCAUAUAGUCUGUAGUAACAGUGGAGGCCAAAAAAAUAAGACUUUGCGUGGCGCCUACAUUACUUCUGUGUAUUUAUGUUGAAUCAGAUUCAGGCAGAUCAGAUUUACUGGUAUCUGAUCUAAAACAGACUAUAGCCUAGUAAUCUCACUGCCAGAACUGGCUCGCAUUAGUCAGAUGGCUGGAGGACUAUAGGCAUGGCAACUAUCCCUUUGAUUAAUGCUGUAACUUUUGACACAUUGUAGGAUAUAUGUUGCAUUGUAAAGUUCUAAUGAACAUACCCAUUUACUUUUAGUUUAGUCUCAUGCCCCUCCAGUAUGAGCUGCAGUGUGCUCCCUGGGUCUCUGUAAUAUUGUUGUGCCAUGGUCUGAGUAAAGGAGCGUUUGGGGACUGUGACUGGGUAAUGUGCUGUCUCUUACAUUGAUGUUAUCCAGCUGCAAGGAGGGCUUUCUUAUUUUUCCAGUUCCACUGGGGGCAUACUUCAACUUCCUGCUGCAGGAGUUGCAGCUUACAGAGUCUUCCAUGGAGACCGCGGCACUGGAAAGGAGGAGAGUAAUUUGUUUCAGUUUUAUAGUUUUAUUUAUUUCUUUGCAGGUGGAGGGGGCACUUAAAUUAAGUAGGGACAUGAAUGCUGUAGUGCUUUGAAUACAGAUAUGUAUUUGCUGUUUCUCAAGAAGGUUUUAGCAAGUAACUGUUACAGGUGGAUUGUGAGAAGUGUUUGACAUUGAGCCUGAGGUGCACUGGAGAAACUACACCGAAUACAGCCUCUGGCGUAAACUCUUUAACCUGCUAAUUGCUUCCUUCUUACACUGUGUUUUGACCUGUCUAAAGGUCAAAAUGCAUAAACAUAAAUGCAUCAUGUUACUUGGGUAAAGGGUCAGUGGAUGUAGUUUAGGAUUACAGUAAUAAAAUUAAAAAAAUCUUAAUAGACUAUGGUACAAAAAAAACAUUUGGUUGCUAAUUUCAGAAACUUGGAUCUGAGGCCAUUUCCUAAGCUUGUUUUUAGCAAAAUCUACUCACCAACCAUGUAUCUGUAAAGCAGGAGUUCUCACAGUCUAAACAAGCUUAAUUUAUAUUGUGAUUCCAACAUUGUUUCAAAUCUGUCUCACAAUCUAUGUAGCAUGUUUACAAUGGGUCUAACCAUGUCUUAUUUGGGAAAUCAAAUGCCCUCCAACCUUUAAGUGAAUCCAUUUAUUUAUUUUUUUUAAACUAAAGGUCCAUCCUGCAGCAUUUGUGUCCUUGUCCUGACCAUGUGCAGUGUCCAGAUGAUGUUAUAAAGUGUCAACUGCCGUACUGUUAUGAAUUACCUUAUGAAUCACCAUGCGAGUGUCUAACUAUAAAGCUGCUUUCUACAGUUUCUUGUUGCUGUGCAACUGGAGCAAAUCUUUUAUUUUUUUUUAACAUCUAUGAUGCAUGCUGCAUUUAAACCCUUUGAAUAGUCAUGCCUGUUUCUGCAAGCAUAAAUCAGAAAAUUAUCUUGUCAUUACAGAAAGAUUACAAACAUUGGCUUCUGAUUAUUCUUGCUUUCUCUAGUCAAACCUUAAAGCUCAUACUAGCACUGCUCACAAUCCAGAUUUUUCUGUUGUAUGUACUUAGCUUUUAAGGAAUCUGUCAGUUUCAAGAAGACAGCAGCACAUUUGAUGACCUGUAUGCUUCCAAUGGCAGAUGUCCUGGUCAAAACCUGAAAUUUAGAAUGUAAUGGAUAAACUGUGUGGUGAUUAAAGCGACACUGUCACGCCAAACUUGCCUUUCUCCUAUUGAUUCCUCUUCUCUUCCUCUCUUCUUUAUUUCAGAUCUAGUUUUCUGUAAAACAUAAGACAAAGUAGGACUAGUUGUCUUAUGUAUUUUUCCCAUGUUUAAUUUUCUUUGACCAAAGGAGGAAAUCCGCCUUAUUUCCUGUGUGAGAGAGAGAACUCAUCCUUCUCCUUGACACAGGAAAUAGAGGUGAUUUUAAGCUCCUCCUUUCGUCAAAGAAAGUCAAGCAUAGGAAAAAUACAGAAGACAAAAUCAUCCCUACUUUGUAUUAUGUUUUAAAGCAAACCAGAUUAGAAAAAGAAAAGGACCGAUUCUGAGAGAGGAAGAGAAUAUGAGAAAGGCAAGGUCAGAGUGACUGCCGCUUUAAUCACCACGGAAUGCAUAGGUACAAACAUCCACUGCUUGACAUUUCCUGUCUGCAUUAUUUAUGUUCCUCUUGUAGCAGUUUGGGCCCUCUAAAGUGAACCAAAUCAUAGGGCAAGCUAUAUGCUUUACAUUCUCAGUGUGUAUCAAAACCUGUUUUACCUUAAUAGAUCCUUUCCUCUGUAUGAUGAGCUGUCUACUCAUUCAUUCCCACAAAGAUAGCAAGUGGGGGAGUGCGUACGCUUAUGUAACCCACUCCACCUGCUUAUUGUAUCUGUAAGUUUGAGCUAUUUGACUAACACUCUAGAUCGUAAGCACGUUUGAGCAGAGUACUUAUCAACCUAUUGUUCCUGUAAAAUUUUUUAAUUCCCAUUUAUUAUUUCACCCCCCCCUUUAUAUUAUUGUAAGCACUGCCGAAUAAGGCAGCACUAUAUAAAUGCCGAUAACACAAUGUAAGGAUGAAAUAUUAUGUCAAAUGGUCUGCCACAUCUUUUAGCACAGUCCCUUUUUAUUGUACACCCAGGAAGCACCAGAUUGAUUACAUCCAUUGCUUUACACACACCAUGCGACUGACGCGGUUAAAUUGCCUGGUAUUAACUGUAUAUUGAAGUGUAUAUAAUCUUUGAAAUCCUUAUGAUAUUCAAUGGGUAGCCCUACCCAUAUUCAAUGGGUAGUUUCCUGCAAUCUGUGACCACUACAAACCUUUUUAUAACUACUUAACAGCUAUGAUGUUCCUUUUCAAAUCAUACAUCGACUAUUUAAAGGGACACUAUAGUCACCUGAACAACUACAGCUUAAUGUAGUUGUUCAGGUGAGAUCUAUAGCUCCCUGCAGGCAAUCUAAUGUAAACACUGCAUAUAGGAGUUAUAUAAGGCUUGUUGACAUUAGCUUGGCUAAUAUAGCUUGGUUGCUUCACCUAAGUGUUGCUUCUACAGUGUUUACAUUGAUUGAUAGGAAUACCUCCAGUGGCUGUCACUCAGACGGCCACCAGAGGGACUUCCUAUCAUGUAGGGCCCUAAAAAGGCCUUGUACACGUCACUUAUUAAAAUACAUCUGACGUGUGCAGGAGAGAGAAGACACUGUGUGCGCCUCUUCUCUCUCCUGCCUGUCAGCAGAGAAGUGGGGGCGGGCAAAGUCCGCGAGCUGAGUGCGGUAGUGCGCUCAGGACUUCAGUGGGCGGCAUGAAUGCCGCCCUAUGAAGUAUAUGCGGCGAAGCCGCGCAUGCGCACAAGGGAGCAAUGACGCUUCCAGAUGGAAGCGUCUGAUUGCUCCCUGGUCGCGCCUGCCUAUUUCGUCAUUUUGAUGAAAUAGGGGGGCGCGGCUUCACGGGGCUCCAGGCACUGGAACCAGGUGAGUAAAAUCCUCUGCCUGGAGAGUCCCUUUAAUGUCCAAGUUAAUUGAACAUUGUACCUUUUUAUUAAAUGGACAAUUUGUGAUUGACACACCAGAUUUUCUGAGCAAUUGAAAUAACCAUUUUAUCCAUACAGCUCUGAUACGUUGCAUUACCAAUGGAAUUACAAAUAAACCCCUUAUGUACGGUACUGCCUGUGGAUGAGUGGUUUGAUACCUUGUGGUUGUACCACUGUAAACACAUGGCUAAAGCACAUACAGUGGAACCUCGGGACUUGAACAUUCCCGUUCACGAGCAAUUUGUAAUUCUAACUAAAAUUUUGCGUUAAUGUCUCGGUACGCAAACGAUCCUCGGUACCCGAACACAUCACGCGGCAUUCAGCUCUAUGGUAAUCUUAAGCAGUGACACCUGCUGGUUCUUCGUGAGUAUCAGUAAUCAGGCUGUAUUCUAGAGAGGUUGAUGGAUAUGGAGGACGAGUUGCUCGUGUCGGGGUUUCGACUUCAGUGGGCCUUGCCCUUGCUGUGGCGGUUGCUCUCUGCAGUGGUCUCUGUGUAAGUGCAGGGGAGCUAUCUGCCAGGUCAGCCUUUGACCGCUAAAAACAUGACUGGAAGAGUCCUGUCAACAUGAGUUGCAGCAACUUGGGGGUCAUGAUGGUGGUGAGUGUCCGUUGAGCAAUCUUUUGGGACACCGCUGUUCCACGUUAGACUUUCAGGUGGCUGGCAUAUUUCUUUGUAAAAGUGAACACAAGUACUGUAGUGACUGCAUGUUGGCGAUACAGUAGUCAGGAAGGGUUGGAUGUACUGGAUGUACAUGAUCUCAUCUGGUACAUAAUGUCUGGAACGGAUUAAUCAAAUUUCCAUGAAUUCCUAUGGGAAAUGUUGAUUCGGUUCCCGAACACAUCGAACUCGAACAGUCUUCUGGAACGGAUUAAGUUUGAGUUCCGAGGUUCCCCUGUAUAUACCUGGAUUUACUCAAACCCUCUGCAGAUUUGGGGCUCUUAGAAAAGGGGAAGUACACAACUUGUGCCCUACAUGCUUGCAAAAAAUCCAACUGUGGAAGGUGUCGUGGCUUCUGGGGACUUGUAUUUGUCAGUUUUCUCACAAUAAAUAAACUGUAAAGUGGUACUGUAGUAAUUUGAGCUGAACACCACCUGACAAUUUACUGCAAAUGGGAUUUGAACUGUGUGUGUUUAAUAUAACCGUAAUGUCUUGCAGUUUGUUCUUUUAUUUUUUUUUCUAUUGCUUUACCUAUAUAAUCCAUGAAAAAGCAAGUGUCCGCUACAACCUGGAAUGUUGUAAAAAAUGUUUUUAAAAAGCGCUACCAAUAUAUGAAAAGGAUUUUGUGCAGUGUUUGUAUGUUCUAAGCUUAGCGAUUGAAAUCAGACAUCCAAGACAUGCUUUCCAAUUUUCCAUCCACUUUGUCUUUGUCUUAGGAGUGGAACUCUGCACACGUCUGCGGUUUGUAGCCCAUCUGCUUUAUGGUUUGUUGUACCGUGUGUGCUGAGAUGGCCUUCUGCACACUGUGAAGCGUUAUUUGAGCAAUCGUGGUCUUUCUGAACAAGUCUAGGCAUUCUCCACUGACCUCUCAUUAGUCAUGUGCAUUAACACUUUAUUUUAAUGGAUGCAUUUAGUUUAUUGCACCAUUGUGUUUAAACUCUUGAGACUAUUGAUUGAAAGUCCUGGGAGAGCAGCUGUGUAGGAACCACCACAUCUGGCACAAACCAUGAUAACUUAGUCAAAGUUACUUAGAACAUGUCUUCACCCUGUCUAUGUGCUUUGUACGAUGAGAUGCAGCCAAAUGACUGUCACUGCCCAUCAAGUUAUAUGAAAAAAUAUUCCUGAUAGAGAAAAAGUCUGCAUUAACCCCUUAGGGACCAAACUUCUGGAAUAAAAGGGAAUCAUGACAUGUCACACGUCAUGUGUUCUUAAGGGGUUAAGCAUUUAAUAAUUUCAAACAUUGUUUGAAAAUUAGGUGGAUAGAGUCACAGAAGGUUAUUCAAGGAGAGGGUGACUUUUUGCACAUGUAAGCAGCUACCUUGAGAGUCUACUGGCCGAUCAGGGUCCCAUGAAUCUCCAGGUCUGCAAAUGAUAAAAAAAAAACUGCUACAUACUAUUCCCAAGGUAAAUGGUGGCCUUGUGGUCUUUGGGAUCAGAACAUAAAGCUUCCAUUGCAGAAACAAAUGGUAUUGGAAAUCACAGAUAGGCAAGUAAUCAGAACUCUGUGAAGCACCACCUCUGCAUGCAAGGAAGGAACCGAGAAUGUGUCCAUCUGUGUUUAUCUAAUCUGGUUAGCCAUACACAAAGCGUGAACCCCAAACAAAUUCCAAUAUAGGAAAAAUUACUUUUAAUACCAUUAUGAAAAGCUAAAAAGUGACAACGGCUCCUCUUCUUCCCAGUGAAAUGCUUUGCCUGUUUUUUCACCACAAUGAUGGGAGAAGCUGAAAUAUAUAAGUUUAUUUGCAACUUUUUAAGCAAUAGCAGGAGUGAUUAGCGUGCCUUGCCUGCCAUAGGAGGUAUCUGGGGAUGGUCGUGACAAAUUACAUAUAAUAAAGGGUUAUUCUCUAACAUGUGAAUGGUUGGAAAUUAAGAAUAAAUUAAAAAUUAAUUUCACAUUUAGGCUAAAAUUACCAAACUAAAAGCAUGCUGGUCUUGGGGAUUAUUCCCCAGUUUGGCAAUUUUUGGGCUGAAAUGUAAAAUUCACAUUGAACUCUGGUAUAUCCACUGUAAAUAUUCUUUCCCCCAUUUUCUUCCCCUUAGUUUAUUCAUUUUGUUUGCACUCUGUACUGUGAACUGCCUUUUGGAGUAAGACUGUGUGUAUGAGUUAUGUGAUCUAAACGUGAUCCAAGACUGCAUUAAAAACCUCUUUGAUUCUUGGCCCAUUAUUGCCUUGGUUUGUGUAACUACAGUUGUAUUCACUGAGGACUCUAGUUAAUUAUACUGAAUACUAAAACUUCAUUAACUGUGAAUUGAGAUAUAUAAUUUAUUUAUUUCUCUAUCCCCUCCCCCGAUAAGUUGUCUUUAUACACUUUUAGGUAGAUGUCUUUUCUUGUGUUAAAGAAUAAAAGAUGUUUGAAUCAUCUGUACAAUAUUUAAUGUAUUGACUAAUCUGGGUUUCCCUAUUGACGGUUUUCUUUUUUAUGCAACACUGUGCUACUGAUCUAGAUUGUGCCCUGUUGCAGGUUUCUAAUAAAUGUUAUAGAAUUUAUUUUUCUGUCAAUGUACUGUAUUUUUUUGUAAUUAUUAAUCUUUACUCCUGCUGUGAAAAAAUAAAAAUGUUCUUUAAGGCUGUAGGUAACUUUCCCCAAUUCUAUGUCAAACUGUUUCUGGCAAAUCUGCGUCCUCUAAAUAUGAAUAAAAUUAGUAUCCCUAAUGAGGAAGUGUAACAAACGCUUUGGCAAUAGGCUAUUACAGGAGUUAAAGAAGACUCACUGUAAGCAACAUUGCCAGUUCAUCUUACUGAAGUGAAUAUGGUGAAACCAUGAGCCUGCAGGGCUUGCUUGUGUUCAUUUUAAUAAUUUUGAAUGUAUUUUUUUUUUUUUUACAUUUAUAUUUAUUUAAAGAUAUGCAUGCUUGGACAUAGAGUUCCCAUUAAGUGUGUGUAAAAACAAACAUAAAUUGCCUCCACUGCACUUCCAUGGUAAGGGCUUUGUCAUUGACCUAUAAUGCCUGGCCGUCUGCUGAGAAAUGCAAUAUAGGAGCAUGCUUGUCCAAGCGGCCCUUUCAUAGCACCCAAGAGAACCACAUGAUAGAAUUUAAUUUGCAUCGUAUGCUGUGUCUGCACAGAAAAGCAUGGUAUAUGAUGUAAACUAAAUGAAAGGAACACUAUAGCGUUAGGAAUUUAAACCUGUACUCCUAGUGCCUAGUUCUAUCCAGAUCCCACCCCUUUACUCUAAAACUAUAUAUAUUGUGUGUGUGCGCUUCACACACAUCCAAUGCUUCUUAUUGGAAAGCAUUGAAUUUGGUGCUUCCCUAAAAACCUCUGUGUAAUAUGACUCCGAUUUACUCACUGCUGUGGAUGUACCUUAAGUGGCAAUCAAGAAGGCAGCUACUAGAGGUGUGUUUAACCCUGCAGUGCAGUUUCCUCAAAACAACAGUGUUUUACAUUGCAGGAUUGAAAUGACAGAAUCACUGUACCAGACCACUUCAUUGAGCUGGAGUGUCUAGGUGAUUUUAGUCUCCUUUUAAUCAGUGCCCAUUUAAUGUGAUAUUCACAAAGCAGUACCUCAAAAUACAUUAUGAAUGUAAGAAAGCCUUGUGGGAAAACUUGCAUUACACCUGUGCUCUGUAUUAAUUGGCUCAUGCUUGUUUACCUGUUUAAAAGGGUCCUUGACAAAGAAUGCAAGGUCAAAACCUUUUCUGGUCAUUAUUUGGAUGGAAUAAAGUGCAGUUACAAAUUGCACAUGUUUACCUGGGAGGCUUGUGAUGUGUUUUGUGAGUGGGGUGGUCCUAUGGUAAAGCAAAAAUAAAAAGAGCUGAUGCAGUAGUUUCUGCCCAGACCAGGGAGAUCAUACCACUGUACCAGAUAUAUUUGCUGUUCAGUCUCAAAGAUAGUGUAGCAAAAAAUGACACUAUUACAUACUGUAGUUUUGCACAAAACUGGAAAUUCUGCAGGCUGGGAGGAUCUAAAAUUAGCCGCUUUAAAGGAUAAGUGACAUCAAACUUUUAUUUUAGUACAAACCACUUGAGGCCGAUAAAAUCCAACUGGCCCACAGUCUGCCUACUUCAUGUUGAAUGAGAUGUUUCAGAAGCGUGUGUAGAACUCGCUCACAGCAUUACUUUAACUUUACACAAACAUCCUGGCUGAAGUGUUUUCUUAGAAAUAGAUUUGUAUAUAUUGGAGACAUUUCUAGAAUCAGAGAACCUUUUCCAUGAGCUCAUUGUUCGUAGUAGUGCACGUACCAUAUAUGAAUGACCUUUUGCCUCAAUGAUUUCAAGAAUUUUAAUGCUCACAGUAAAACAUGCUGGGUUCAGAUUGUUUGGGAGUGCUUUAAAGGGAUAGUAUGUGUGCCAUACCAACUGCAGCUCUGUGGUGGCUACUGUGCAAGAAGGAGGCAGUUUGGAAAACGUGACGCUCUUCUUUUCACUCCAAACUCCACCGAUGGGGAAUUUACACUUCUGUACUAUCAGUGUUGAUGUACCGCGAGUCUGAACCUAGUGUUCUCAGCCAAUCCUUCCCUUCCAGGUUGGGCAAAAUUGACUGAUCACUUGGGAAUACGACUUAUCAAUGCGUUUGAGGAGGGGGUGCUCUCAGAGUGCUGGGGGUUGCCUUUUUUGGGUGCAGAGAAGGAUUGGGCUGAGAGUUAAACUUGGCUGCACCCCUGCAACAGAAGCAUGUUUCUUCUUUAAUUAAUUUUCAUCAACACUUAUUUUACCUAUACAUUGGCUAUAUCCAAACAUUCCAACAACAAAAAUAAAGUGUGAGAAUUGUCAGCAGUUUGUACGUUGUGCUCAGUAAGUAGCCGUGUGCUCCAAAAUGAUGGCUAUUUCAGAUGUUACUAGAUCUUUUUGUAAUUAAUAUGGUGGUCUGUUUUGGAUGGAAAGGAGUAGCUGUCGCUGUUGGGUUAUUUUUGGGAAUGCCACAUUCCCCCCUAUGGCUUUUGCAGUAGUAAAAUUAGAAUAUAGUCUGUCUUAAAAUAUUUUAGGCAGACAUUCUUAACCCUUGUUGUUCAUGUUACACCAUACCAGUCAAAUAGUGCUUUAUUUUUCCUGUAUACAGUUUCACCCUCUGUAACCAUUACAGCCCAAUACAGUGGCCAUCUGCUCUUAUUCCCACAUUGUUCAAUGCUAGAAUCCUUACCCCCACCUCUCAUAUGUCCUGCUUCUCAUGGGACAGUGAUCAUUUGGUACCCCAGUUUUGCAGACACCACAAAAAAAGUUUUCAAAAUGUAAUGUGUGUGAUGUGCAAGGCCAGUGUGCAAGUGUUCCUGCUCUCGCGAGAGUGCCUUUUGUACACCGCGUGGGUAGGACUGUGGCUGGCGCACUCUGCAGUCUGUCACACAAAUUAUGCUUUCAGUUUCUGUCUUAGUUCACUUUAUAGUCUUUCUUGUUGAUUCGGUGAUGCCAUUGACAGGGUAGAAGCAUUGCACAGAACUCCUAAAAAGCUUGGAGAAUAAAGCAAAUCACAACUGGCUUUUCUGAUAACAAAUCCCCAAAAUUGUGUUUAGCUGAACGCAUUGUAUGACUUUGUAUUGUAUGUAUGGCAUCAGGGAUUGAAACCAUGUGUUUGAACCAAGAAUUAACAUGUCACUGAAGUCAUCUGAGCUCUAAAAGAGUCUGACCAAUACAGCAUAAUAUUUUAUGAACUUGAAACAGAUCUGCGUGUGUGCAUGGCACAGAUGCUGAGAGUAAAGUCUGACUUUGGGCCAUAUAUAAAAUAUCCUAAAUGUAUGGCUCCUUUUUCGCCUGCCUGCUCAAGUUUUUUUGUAUGUAUGUUGCAGGUCAUUAGGUUAACAUUUUACCUUGUUGUAGUGGUUCCAGGAAUGCUCUUGUCCCCUCCCAGGUUAAGUAUUGAGGCUGAUCACAAAUUACUUUGGAUCGAGUGAGUGCUUGUUGCGUCGUCCUGUGCAGCCACGCACUGCAGCACCGAGCUAAGCCUCAUUGUCAUUGUCUGAGUAGUGCUUAGCUGCUGCUUUUAGCUAAUGAGCCGAUGCUUGAAUGACUACUGAAGCCACUCAGACAACUUCAUCUCAAUCUGGUGGUUCUGUCAUUUUAACCCUUCCAUGCAAAACAUUUCCGUUUGUACAAAUGGCACUGUUUACAUUGCAGGGUUAAGUACACCUUUAGUGGCUAUCUUCCUGACAACUACUAGAGGUGCUUUGUCCUCUAGAUCCAAGAAAAACUCUGUCCUGUAAUCAAAUGCUGCUGAUAGCAGCAUUUCAUUGGAGGAAUGCAGUGUUUGUCAGCGCACGUCUACUGCCAAUCCAUUGGUGUCUCUAUUAGAAGCUAUGAAUUGGAGGAGAUUGUGAGGUUAACAUCCAAACUGACAUUUGCAGAGUGGAGGAUUCCUGGUGCUUGAAACGAGGUGAGUAAACUUUAUUUAACAUAAUUUUACCAAGCAAAGGGGUGUGAAUCACAGAGCUAUAAAAGAGCCUACAGUCCUGAAAUAAUUAUUGGUGCCCUUUAAAGAUCAGUGGAGAAAAUGCUCCUUGUGUAAACUUGUGGCUCCACAGGAUGAUGUGGACUGCCCCCGCGGACCCCAGGUAAGUUUUCAAAAGGUGUGAUCUAGGAGGGUCCUAGGGCACUCGUCACACCAUAAACACUACAGCGCACUGUACUGGUUAUGGUGAUUGGAGUGUUCUUUUCACAAACACAAACCUUUCCAUACAGGAGUUAAAUCCCUUCACAUUUGUCUUUCUACUGGAAUAUUCUGUGAUUGCAACGUAGUCAUUAUUUGUGUUAAGGAGGAUUUUUUUUUUUUCUUUUUCUGAUCUGUAAUUUUUUUUUAAGGAGCUUUUAUUCAGGACAUUGUUAAAGGACAUUAUUGUUUACAACUAGCUGGCAGUACUAACCUGUGAUCACAGAUCCUUGAAGUCACAGGAAAAUCAUAUCGGAUGCAUAUGUUUCCCAUGGCUAAAGCGGUUAUUAAUAACAUUGGUGGUUUAAGUUUAGAGCAAAUUGGUAACUUCCUCAUUAAUAGAUUAAACAUAAGGUAAACUGUAGAAAACAUACAAAUCGUUGUGAUUUUAAAUAGUUUUCAAUGUGGCUGCCAUGACGGAGGCUGGCAAGUAACUAAUCCAGGCUCCUAUAACUGCACGGCAUACCUGUAGGCAUCAUCCCAGGUGUGACAUAAUUUGUAUUAACCCCAAUCAUGUCUAACCAGCUGGGGACACCAGCAAAGUGUAUUUACUGUAACAGUUUAAACAAUAGUCCUGUGCUAAUACUAUUGCCGUAAAUGGCGAAAAAUAAAGUGUCUCAACACCAGAUUUGGAUAUGUUAGCAAUAUUUGGCACCUUGCCCAGGCACAUUUUAUACAUCCAGUGUAUCAAAGCAUAUGGAGAGUGUACAUUGUGGGUUAUAUAUCUGCAAACCGCAGUGGACCUCCUUCUCCAGACAUUAUUUCACUGUUAUUUAUUUAAAAUGAACAUCAGACUGCUUGUAUAUCCUGACUGUAUAUUGAAUAGAGUCUGGCUUGGCCUGUGUGAUGAACGUGGUUUGGCUCAGAUUGCUAGCACUGUAUGUAUGAUGAAUGUGGCCUGGCUUAGACUGCUUAGCCUGUAUGUGGGACGAUUGUGGCCUGGCUUAGACUGCUUGGCCUUUAUAUGUGAGACGAACGUGGCCUGGCUCAGGCUGGUUGUCCUGUGUGUAUGAUGCACGUGGCCUAGCUCAGGCUGCAAGACCUGUCUGUGACAAACGUGGCCUGGUUCAGGCUGCAUGGCCUGUCUGUGUGACAAAUGUGGCCUGGCUCAGGCUGCAUGGCCUGUCUGUGUAACGAAUGUGCCCUGGCUAAGGCUGCAUGGCCUGUGUGUGUGACGAACGUGGCCUAGCUCAGGCUGCAAGACCUGUCUGUGACAAAUGUGGCCUGGCUGAGGCUGAAAGGUCUGUCUGUGUGAUGAAUGUGGCCUGGCUCAGGCUGCAUGGUCUGUCUGUGGGACGAAUGUGGCCUGGCUCAGGCUGCAUGGCCUGUCUGUGUGACGAACGUGGCCUGGCUCAGGCUGCAUGGCCUGUCUGUGUGACGAACGUGGCCUGGCUCGGGCUGCAUGGCCUGUCUGUGUGACGAAUGUGGCCUGGCUCAGAUUGAUCAGGGGCUCCUAUAUAAGUGGUAUUUGUGUAUUUAUAUAAAGACUGCAUUAUUUUUAUAUGUAUAUAGAAUGCACACUAACAAUCUCAAAAAAAACUUAGCUUUAUUAUGUACAAAAAAGUACCAGAGUGAAAACAUAUAAGAAAAAAUAAACAAAGUGACAGAAGCAAGGGCAAAUACAAUAAAAUUUACCAAACCCCCCAACUGGCACCGAAAUGUUGGGGGGUUUGGUAAAUCGUGUUUCUGUCUUGAGGCUUGUAAGAAUUUUUGUGGUGGUUUAUUAUUGUAUUGUAUUGUAUUUGCCCUUGCUUCUGUCACUUUGUUUAUUUUUUCUUAUAUGUUUUCACUCUGGUACUUUUUUGUACAUAAUAAAGCUAAGUUUUUUUGAGAUUGUUAUAGUGUGCAUUCUAUAUUCUAUAUACAUUUGAAUAUUUAAAGCACUUGAGGGAGUGUUUAUAUGGUUUGCACCUGGCUGUUCUUAUACUAGUUUGUCUCUCCAUGUGCUGUUGUUUUGAGAAUGCAUUAUUUUUAUAUACAUAGGUUUUUUGUUUUUUAACAGAAAAAAAACACAUUAAUAUUAAAUUUUAAACAGUAUUUAGUAUAAUCUGACAUUAACUGGCUUAAUCUGCUCCCUUGCAAUCACACAUUGUGAAUUACCUAUCCUACAACUUGUUUCAAAUGUAUUCUUCCAAAACAAAAGGAUGAAAUGAAUAUUAAUGUAAGCUUCCAGUGGUUGCUUUGAUUAUGUAAUUUACAGACUGUACACUUAUUGCCUCGGUUCCGUUUAUACCUUGUCAGGUGCCUCUGUUCAGAUCUGUUAUGCAGGUUUACUUCCCCGCAGUGUCCACAUAGCUGUUCAUUUAUGAUGUCUGUACCAUUGAGAUAUACUAUACCAUCUGUUCCCCAGGGCAUACAUGAAAAACGAAGGAAAUAGAAUUGGCAUGAUACUUUUGGUACAGCCUAAUUUUAACUUGCCUUUAGAUGGUCUGCUCCUAGAUCACAUUAAAGUAUACCAGAUGGAGGACCAAGCUUGGACAUCCUUGAAUUUGAUUUUCCCAGAAUUCUUUGCCAGCCAUUGGCUAGCUAGCUUCAGUCACCCCUGCUGUAUUGCUUUGAAUAAUGGCAGAAUACUCACAACGUAUCGAACCGCUUUGAAGUGUGCCAGCUUUACUUUGACAAACUCUCGGCCAUUCUGAUCCUUACCCCCCUCUUUCCAUUCAUGCCUUCUUUCUUACUCAUUCUCUAAUGUUCAAAGGGUUUUAAUGCAGAGUAAUGGGGGAGGGGACAGUAAAAACCAUGUUGCAUUUCUAUCUUUGCCAAGUUGCAUUUUCUGGCAACUUUGCAUAAAGGACCACUAUAGUGCCAGGAAAACAUACUCGUUUUCCUGUCACUAUAGUGCCCUGAGGGUGCCCCCACCCUCAGUGACCCCCUCCCGCCCGGCUCUGGAAGGGGGAAAGGGGUAAAAACUUACCUUUUUUCCAGCGCUGGGCGGAGAGCUCUCCUCCUUCUCUCCUCCUCCGUUCCGCCCCAGUGAUGCUUUCCUAUGGACGCUGGCGUGCUCUCACUGUGAAAAUCACAGUGAGAAGCACGCAAGCGCCUCUAGCGGCUGUCAAUGAGACAGCCACUAGAGGAUUAGGGGGAAGGCUUAACCCAUUCAUAAACAUAGCAGUCUCUCUGUUUAACCCUAGAAGGACCUGGCACCCAGACCACUUCAUUAAGCUGAAGUGGUCUGGGUGCCUAGAGUGGUCCUUUAAUCAUGUGUCCACUUCUAUUACAUUGGUAGAGAUCCACCUUCAAGCUAGUGAACCCCAAACCUCUUUCAUUUAAUUUGCAGUGCAGCCUGCCUUUUAGUUGUGAAUAUAAUUAAACUUGCUUAGUUUAGGAGGGACAAUUUCAUUUUGGGGGUUAUGGCCAGGUUUGGGGCUGUUCUCAGAACUUUUAGGUGAAUUACUAAUAACAAUUUAUAAAACUAAAAUGUAAUUUAGAAGAACAAUGUAUUUACUAAUUUCUAAAAACAUUUAUUGUAGUUUAACACCUUUAGGACACUCAUGCUGAGCAUUUACUUCUAAAGAUGUCCUUAAGGGGUUAAAGACGCAUCACUGGGAGUAUUAGUGCUAUGGAGCUCUGUUAUAUUCUCACACCCCAACAAUAUGGAGCUCAUAGAAAAGAGGGACAUUAGGUUGGGACAGAGGGAUUUUAGUCCAAAAUAGGAACUAUCCCUCAUAAAAGGUAUUCUUUAUUUUUGUGGUGCUUUCGGUAUAGAUUAUGCGAAGAAUAAGAGUGCAGUAGAGGCAUGCUAAUCGCUACAAGACAUCAGAGUAUAUCAAAGGGUCAACACCAUUUUAAAAAUUAAAGAACAAACUAGCUGGAAAUGGGACAUUGAGAGUAAUACAAAUACUGAGAAGAACAUUAGUAAGGUCAUGACAUGACAAGGUCUGAAGCGUUGAGAAAUAUUGUCGGGCUAUACCAUCGUGUCCAACUAACGGGCAAUAUGUAUGUUAAGCAGAGUUAGACCGCCAAAUGGAGUAUAGUCAAGGGUCGCAAGUUUAACUCUUAGAUGCAUGGAAUCAGUUGGUCAAGUGGUUAACAGUGGAGGAAUAGUGCUACACAACAUGUGCGACACCACCUAUACUGUUUUGCUAUGAGAACCCCUCACCACACAAGAGAUAUGUACAGAAAAACAUGAAAACAAAAAGAGGCAAAUAAAAAUAAAUAAGUUAUGAUAAACAUAACAUUGCUGAAUAAGCCCAACAGGGGCAGGAUGACAUCUUCAAAGAUGAGGGUGACUCUCGUUGCAUGUCGUAGAGCUGCACCACGUAGCUUGACAGGACUCAUCUGAUUCUCAAGCUUUGUUUUUUAGGUCUCUCUAGUUUUUUUUGUUCUGAGUCCAGUUCUAGAUAUUGUGGUCCAUUGAGGAGCAUGUUGAGAUAUUUGAAGAAUGUGGUUUGGUUGGGGGACUGAGAUAUGGGUGUACGUCUGCUUUACCAUAAUGAUAGGUCUUAGGAUCAUAAUCCACACCUUACUGUCCAUUGUAUUUUAUUAAAUGAAAACCUGUUUGCGAAUUCAUUGCUGAUCUAUAAAAACUUAAAAAAUGUUAAGAAUUGGUUCUCAAACCAGUCCUUGUGACCAAGCAAUCAUCUAGGAUUUAUGUAUUUGUUUUUUUUCCCAAUGGAGAUACUUGCUUUUCCCAGGUCACAAGGGCUUGUUUGGGAACCACUGACUGACUUAAAAGGGUAAGAUUGAAAGAUGUGCACAAGACGCCUUGAACAUCAGUCUCAAAAUGACAAAAAUCUGGAAACUUUAUAGUGUGUUUAGUGUUUACAUGAACGAUUGGGCAAAUAGUAUGCAUAGUGUGAGGAGAUGAAGGAGAGACAAGAGGAAGAUAUGAGUAGUGCUGAGAAUCAUUUGAAUGGUUGUGUUCAUACUUAAUGUUUAGAGCAGCUGAAGGAAAGUAGGAUGUGUUGUGUUCUGUACGGAUGCUUUACACAUACAGAUCAUGCCAUACAUGCAUUUUAUAAUGGGAAUGAUGUCCAGCUGUAUGGAAUUUUUUUUGAACUUAAAGCUAAUUUUUCUUUCACAUUUUUUUCAGUGAACAGAGCAUCUGCCAGGCGAGAGCUGCUGUGAUGGUUUAUGAUGACGCCAACAAAAAGUGGAUACCGGCUGGAGGUUCAACGGGUUUUAGUAGAGUUCACAUUUACCAUCACACAGGAAACAACACUUUCAGGGUUGUGGGCAGGAAGAUUCAGGAUCACCAGGUGAGAGCCUUGCUUGUUCCCAAAAGACACCUUUUUUUUUUUUUUUUGUACCACCUACACACAGAUAUCAUUUUUAUUUUUUAUCUGCACCAGGCCACUGAAAAGGUGGUGUGGAAUAAUGUCCUGUUCAGUGGCUCUGCAGUCCCAUGAUUCCAAGACUGUAUGGUGCUUUAAGUAAUUUGUCUCUCUACUCAUGUGAUGCCUGCACAAUUUGGAUGUGAGAUCUUUGUAUUAGUGUCAUUUUAAUAAAGGUGCUCGCACCGAAAUCUCUUCAUUAAUUGAUCUAGUUAUUGCAACUUUUAUGUCUGGUGUCGGCAUACAAAGUAUAGUAGAUCUGCCUCCAGGGUAAAGCUUUGGAUUUAUGGAUUAAGGAGAUAGCUGCCCAUUCUCUGUAUGUCAAUAGAUUAUUUGGGCAAAAUCCAAAACUCUUGUUGACUUCACAUUUUAAAAUAACAGUUUUUGGUUAAAAAAAAAAAAAAAAAAAGAGUAAAACUAAAACUUCUAUUUCCGCUCCGACGCAAAGGAACCCGAUACUCUUCUGAUGAUGCCACUCACUCUCACUGGCAGGACUUGAGCAGCAUGAGGGGGCGUUCUGUAGAUUUGCAUCUCCAGCAGCCAAGUGGUUAAACUUUGUAAACUGAUUUUCAUAGGAAAAUGCUAUUGGACACUAGUCACCAGAACCACUAUGUAGUGGUUCUGCUGUCUUGCCAGUCAUUGCAGGCUGAGCACUGUAAACACUGCCCUUUCAAAGGCAGUGUUUACAUUGCUGCCUAGUAAUACCUUUAGUGACAGCCACUCAGGCAGCCAGUAGAGAUGCUUCCUAUCUCAGUGCUGCACAUUUUGGCCAUGUUGCCAUUAAUGCUUAUAAUAAGUUCUAGUGGUUAUGGUGCUUGGAGUGACCAUUAUGACAGGCUGUGUCACUUCCUAAUAGCUUGCGACAGAAACUGAAAUUUUAUUUUUCUUAUGUGUAUUUCCAUGCAUUUAUAAUGCAUUCUAUAAGUCUGUUUAUGUUGUGAUCGUUUAUUUCCUGGAAGUGAAGUGUGAUCAUUGCGUAGGCCUGUUGCGUUUUUGGUGACAUAUGAAUGGAUUGUGUUCAAGUCUGUUUGCUGUGUGAUGUUACCCGGUUUGGAGAGCUGUGCUCAUUCAUUGCUUGCCUGGGUGUAUGGUCCAUUUUUGUACCUUAAUCUUAGUUGGUUCGUGGAUUUGAGAAUUAUUGCUCUCUGUGUGGUGCCUGUUUUUAAUCAGUGCCAUCUACUUGCAGUACUAGUCUACAUUAAAAGGAUUUCUGUUUUGUUACAUUCUUCACUUGCAGUGUUUUGUGUUGCAAGCUUUCACACUGUUUUCCUACCACAGUGGCAGCUGCACAUGGUAAGGGUUCAGGCAAAUCGCUUCUUACCUUGAGUCCUGAUAAGUCACCUCUCAUGAAGGGGUUAAUAAACCUGGUGCUGGCUUUAUUCAAGUAACUUUGAGCAGAUGAAGCUAUUUUAUUGUGUAGUUUUUAAACCCAAUUUGAUAUAAAGGUAAUUUUGCACUCCUUUUAGUACAAGCAUCAAAACUGUUUAUUCACUAAACAUUGAGCUGAAAACACAUGCAAAAGUCUGCCAGAUUAAAUGACCACUCUAGGCACCCAGACCACUUCAGCUUAAUGAAGUGGUCUGGGUGCCAGGUCCCUCUAGGAAUAACCCUUUUUUUUUUUUUUUUUUAUAAACAUAGCUUUCAGAGAAAUUGCUAUGUUUAUAAUAGGGUUAAUCCAGCCUCCAAAUCAUCUAGUGGCCGUCUCAUUGACAGCCACUAGGGGCGCUUGCGUGAUUCUCACAGUGAGAACACGCAAGCGUCCAUAGGAAAGCAUUGUAAAUGCUUUCCUAUGAGACCGUCUGAAUGCGCGCGCAGCUCCUGCUGCGCAUGCGCAUUCAGCCGAAGGAGAGGAGGCGGAGAGGCGGGAGGGGGACCCUGAGGGUGGGGGCACACUCAGGGCACUAUAGUGCCAGGAAAACAAGUAUGUUUUCCUGGCACUAUAGUGGUGCUUUAACCGCUUGGAAAAAUGAUCUAACUCACUGAUAGAAACACCCACAUUCAGCAGGUUUGCUUUCAGACCAACACGAUUCACGGUUUAGUAAAUAAGCUCUAAAGUCAAGCAGUGGCUAUGAAAUCCAUGUUCUGUAAAUGUAUUUGUUUGUAUAUUGUUCCCUUUGUAAUCUUAAAGAUAUAAACGGUAAUGGCUAGCCUUGACACCAUGGAUGUUUCAGAGCUGCAUCUUCCAUGAUGCCCAACCAGUAUUUAGGAUAGCUGAGCAUUAUGUGAAAUGUAGUUCAGAAAAUGGGGUGUUAUGAUUUACCAACACUGUCCUAAAAAAGUACUGGCUUCUCUGAGUGAGAAUUUCAUUAAAAAAAAAAAAAAAAAAAAGCUAAACACAAGGAAAAAUUAAAAGCAUGCAUGUUCUCCAUUCCACAUAUCUUCGUAUAAGACGAAGUAACCAUGUGACCAGUGGAUUUUAACAGUCAAUUGUCCAGCAACUGAGGAAUUAGUAAGGUCCUAAAAUAGACACCAGAUUAGACACCUGGCUUGAGCAGUGUUUGCUUUGGCAUCAAAUCCACUUGUAAACGGUCUAAUCUUUUAAAAAAAAUAUCCUAUUACUAAGGUAUGCCAAGAAGCAGGCUGAAAAUGAGGAGGGAACAGAAACCUAGAGAAGGAUCAGCGCUAAACAAAUUAGACAAAUUAUUCAAAAGGCAGCAGGCACUCCGAAUAGGGGAGUCCCCCAGGACCCCAAAAAGGGAAUAAACAACAAAACACAACAGGUUGUGCUGUGAUACUGUCACUAUGUGGAUAGUAUUCAAAACAAUAGGAAUGCACUCCCAGUUGGAGAUGUCAAGCUCUGAGGUCCUGGCAUAGGGUGGUAUGAUCCCUAUAUUAUCUGUAUACUUCUCUCCAACAGCAUAAACGUAAAAACGGGAAGAAAAAUAACCCAGUACAGUACUCUGUUCGUUUGAAUAAAUAAAAAGGUGUAAGUACCAUACUCACAUUUAUGGGAUUAGCUGAGCCACUCAAUAUAUUCCCACUGAGUAUCAGGUGUGUUGAGGUCUGCAGUGGAAGAUUUCCCAGACAAUGGUAAUACCGUUAUUAAAUUAAUACAAAGUAUGAGCCAAACAAAAUACUUUAUUUAACCAAUAAAAAAAAGUCGUUAAAAAUCCACAACAAGUUACACCUAUGCAAUAGGCUUUUCCAAGUGAAUUACAGGAGUACCUGGCUUUCUGUGUUAUGCAGGGCAUGUAAAUAUUUUAAACUCACUGUUAAAUUGUUAUAGGUCAUGUGACCUGUAUUGGAUCACAUGCCCUAGUGUUUACACAAAUUAACUCCUCAUUUAUAUCAUAAAACUGGUAAAAUAUUUGUAAGGAACAGUUAAUACAGACGGGAAAUAUGUUUAUAUAGAAGGCUGGAGGGAGGGAUAAGCGUGGAGUGAAACAAUGAGAGAAACAGUCAUAUGAUGCGGGUCAGGAUAGCACAUCACGUGACUCUGCUAUGAAAUUUGAGAAUCGGAUGACAAAGGCCUGAAUGGAAUAUGAAUGCAUCCUCAUUCUGUUUGGGCCUUUUUAGUCAGAAUUUUUAUUUUUUUUUACAUUUUUUUUUUUUUUUUAUUUCAAAGCCAAGUCACGUGACGGUAGGCUCCAUCCCAAUUUGUCACGUGACUCGAUUUGUUACUGUUUCACUCCACACUUAUCUAUACCUCUAAAAAGUGUGUGUGUGUGCACUUGACCCAUACAUAUUCCUUUUAAGCCUACUAAUGUAUUGCACCAUAAUUUGUGUCUCGCUUUGUGUUCAUAGAUUUAUGUACUAGAUACUGGAUCUCUAACGUAUGUAUAUCUAAUGUUACCUUAAAGGACCACUAUAGUGCCAGGAAAACAUACUCGUUUUCCUGGCACUAUAGUGCCCUGAGGGUGCCCUCACCCUCAGGGUCCCCCUCCUGCCCGGCUCUGGAAGGGGAAAAGGGGUAAAAACUUACCUUUUUCCAGCACAGGGUGGAGCUCUCUGCCUCCGAUCCUCCUCCUCUCCUCCCCGUCGGCUGAAUGAACACGCGCGGCAAGAGCUGCGCGCGCAUUCAGCCGGUCGCAUAGGAAAGCAUUAUCAAUGCUUUCCUAUGGACGCUUGGGGGCUCUCACUGUGAUUUUCACAGUGAGAAUCACGCAAGCGCCUCUAGUGGCUGUCAAUGAGACAGCCACUAGAGGAUUUGGGGGAAGGCUUAACCCAUUCAUAAAUGUUUAUAAAAGAAUGGGUUAACCCUAGAAGGCUAGAAGGACCUGGCACCCAGACCACUUCAUUAAGCGCUGAUCACCACCUAUAUUUUAUAUCUCUACCUCUUGCCUGCUAUAUAGACAUAUUUCCCCUCUGUAUUAACUGUUCUACUUUACAAAUAUUUUACAAGUUUUAUUGUUUAUGAUGAGGAGUGCUCUCUUUAUUUGAGACUAAACAAAUGUCUUUAUGUUGGUUAGAAAAGUAACUAACUGGUUUUAAGUCUUCUGGAAGUAGGGUGAAGUGUUAAAAACCCAGGUGUCUGAGCUUCACCUCUGCAUUUUUGUAUAUAAAUGCUCAGUGUGUGUCUAAUGAAUAGUAGGGAACAGUAGAGGGCCUUUUGCAGAGACUGCCGUCUAAUCUCCGAUUUUUAUUAUUUACUCUUUCUUUAUUCCCUCAGCAGCAAAGAUAGAGGAAUAUAAAUAUUAUCCCAAAAACUGUAUAGGCACACAGGCAACCAAUCACAUAACAGAGGAAGUAACUAUAAAAGGCUCCUCUUUCUUUGCUGCUCCCUCAGACCAGCUAAAUAUUUUGUUCCUCUUGUGUAUUCAUGCUCAUUGAUUUUAUCUUGUCAUUUGGCUUUAUAUACAUGUUUGUUGCUUACACUGAAUUGUUUACUGUUUAUGUGACUAAUUUUGCGUUCUGGUGGUGUGCCUGCGGUAAUCCCCUUUUUGGUUUAGUGUUUCCCCGCAGGGGAGACUCCUCUCCAUGCUCCCCUGUGCCUGCGCCUACCCUGUUGCUGUGGGUGGCGCGCUGGCCUCGGGCGCCGUUUGCCGGCGGGCCUCGGCCGACCACAGCUCUCCCCUCAUGCUCGUGAGCUGCCCACGCGGGUAGGGUGCACGCGCCCCUUCCCCCGCCUGGAGGCAGACCGCGAUCGGCAUCUGCUGGGCUUCCACGUGCGGCGGCCAUUUUGGAGGCGGAUCUCCUCACGGCCGGCCGCACUUUCUAUCCUGCUCACACCCAGCCUGCUACUCGUUCUUGCAGGCCACUGGGUCCCCUGGGCACACCAGCAGCCAGGUUUUUUUCUCUAUUGUUUUUCCUGUGGGUUACUCAACCCUGAUAUUUGCACUGUUUGGGGUGUGUGUGUGUGUGUGUGUAUAUUCUCCAUUGCUCUUUUGCUGCUACUAUGCAGGACAGGGAUGAAGGGCCAGAGGGCCUUGCUGAGGACUUUACCCAAGAUAACCCUGAGGGUACUGUAGCCUCCCAAGAAUUUCAAGCCCUACUGGAUGCCACUAUGGCAUUAUCUUUGCAGAAAGCCUUUGCAUCUGCCAUGGGAGCAGUGUCCUCAUCGUUUUCCCAGUCCUUGCAAGCUAUGCUUUUACCCACUAUGGCGGCCCCCGCCCUCCUAGGUGUCGGGACCCCCCGCCUGCCCCAGCCAUGCCUGGUGCCCGUAAGGCGGCGGCCAUGGCUAAGCAUGUCGACUCCCACUCCUCGAUGCAGGUUCUACCUGCAAUGAUGGACACGCUUGAGGCGGUCACAGAUGGCACGCCUCCCAUGCGCAAAAGAGCCCCUGGCCGGGCUAAAAAGGCUAGACUAUGUAAACGGGCUAGAGCCCAUGAGGGAAGGUCGGAUACCGACCGGAGUGCGGAGGCUGACUCAGACGUGCUAGAAUACGCCUCUUAUGAGGAGGUAGAGUCAGGUGAGGAUUUGGCACCGUAGCGUAAGGAGACCCCUCCUGGGACUCCUUACGCUACACGGGUCUUCUGGCUGGCUCUGAAGGUGGUGCGGCACUGUUGGAUCCGCAGGGCAACCCCCUGUUUGACCCAGAUGACCUAUGCCAUCCCCGGUCAGCCAAGGGGAACCCCCAGGGCAAAUCGCCCAAUAUGUGGCAAAGCGCAAUAAAUUGCACGCUGAAUGUUCCAGGCCUUCCCUCCCAGGUUCGGCCUGCAAGACCCCAGAGGUUGACCCACAGAUCGCCCAAUUUUUAAACAAAUCGGGCUGGAAACCUAAAAAGGGCCUGGAUUUUUCCCUUAAAGGGUGCCAGGAUAAGAUUUUGGAUACACUGGGCCCUCUGUCUAAGCUAUACGAAGUCCUGGACGCCACUAAAGCCGGCGACUCUGCCCUUGACGUAGAUGUAGCCAUAGGAUGGGUCCAACGUGCCAUUUGUCUCCUGGGGAAUGCGAACACCGCUAUGUUGGCUGAGAGACGUAAAGCAAUUUUGCUGAAAAUUGACCCCAAGCUAGCUACCAUGACUGGGGCAGAGGUGAGCUCAUCCAGCGAUGGGAUGUUGUUUGGUGAUAACUUCGUGAAGGACCUUGGGUCCUACGUUAAAACCUUUACGGUCAUUGAUAAAGCUCAGGCCAAUAUGAAGCGCGUGUUUGCGCCUAAGGUUUUCGGAGGUGUCGGGCGUAGUAGGAACCGUCCACCCGGCUGUGGAUUCUGAGGCUCGUUCCCUCAGCUGUGACUUCAGACUCCUGGGUGCUCCAGUCGGUAAAGGGUUUAUCAUCUCGAUUUUUGUCUCUCUGCUUGUCCAACUUUUUAUCCCCAGAGAACUGUCCCUUCCCUCUGAACAAGAGGAGUUGAUUUCGGCAGAAAUCAAGGAGAUGCUUAUGAAGGGUGCGAUAGAGGCUCCCCCAGGCUUUACGAGCAACCUCUUCCUAGUACCAAAGAAAGGGGGUGGUGUUCGACUGGUGAUAAAUCUCUGACCCCUCAAUGCAUUCCUCCGUUAUCAGCAUUUUCAGAUGGAGGGCAUCCAUUGGCUCAGAGACCUCCUCCGUGCGUCAGACUGAUUAGCAAAAUUGAAUCUGAAGGAUGCGUAUUUCACCGUCCCCAUUGCGGUGGAACACCGAGACUUCCUCCACUUCACCUGGCACGGGAAACGGUGGCGUUUCACAUGUCUACCGUUCGGUCUAUCCUCAGCUCCUUGGUACUUCACUAAGAUCAUGAGACUGGUGGUGUCCUUCCUCCGUACACAUGGCGUACGCCUAAUUGUUUAUAUGGACGACAUUCUAAUCAUGUCCCAGUCCAGAGGUCAACUGCAGACCCACGUGUAGUGGACAGUCAAUCUGCUCCAGAACUUAGGAUUCAUGAUCAACUGGGACAAGUCGAUCCUGACACCAGCUCAAUCGAUGGAAUUUUUGGGGUUCAAGGUGGAUUCCAUUCAACAAUUCCUAUAUUUACCGGAAUCCAAGAUGGAAGCCAUUCAGAAAGAGCUUCGGCGAGCUGAGUCGGAUUUGUCCAUCAGACAGUUGGCAAGAAUUAUCGGUCUACUCGCAGCCUCCAUUCAAGCGAUCUUUCCGGGUCCGUUACACUACCGAGCUCUCCAGCGGCUCAAGGGAUCGCACCUCCGCUCAGGUCAUUCUUAAGAGUCCAGGAUAUGGAUGGACGAGGAAUCCAGAGACUAACUGAUGUGGCGGUUGGCGCACAUGGAGGCUUGGAACAGAAGAGCCAUUUUCGGAUCCAUACCGGAUGUGGUGAUAGAAUCUGACACCAGCUUACACGGCUGGGGGGCGCGUUGUAGCAACGUUUCCACAGGAGGCAGAUGGUCCGAGAUAGAGAGAGAGAGAGAUCCUUACACAUCAACUGCCUGGAACUCUUGGCACGGGCCUUCGCGAUUCGCAGCCUUACCCCAGGUCGGGCGAAUUGCUGCGUUCUCCUCAAGAUGGACAACGCAUUGGCAGUACAUUAUAUAAACCACUUGGGGGGAACCAAAUCCAAGAUGUUGGCUCUAUUGGCGAAAGAUUUUUGGCAGUUUUGUUUGUACAACAAUGUCUCCGUGACGGCAGAACACAUGGACAAUUCGAGGGCAGAUUGGAACUCGAGACAUUUGAGAGACUCGGGAGAUUGGCACUUGCACGUUUCAGUGUUUCGAGGCCUAGACAGGUUAUGGGGACGGUUCGUGAUGGACUUGUUAGCAUCCCGUCUGAACACCCAGUUACCGGAAUUUUACAGUUGGAGACCAGACCCGGCAGCGACGUACGCUUUCCUUCAGGAAUGGCCGACUGGUCGCCUGUAUGCCUUCCCCCAUUCAACAUGAUUGCUCGCACAAUCUCGAAGUUGGUUCGUCACGAUUGUUCCCUGACACUGAUCACCCCUCUGAGAUCUCAGCCAUGGUUCCCACGCCUGAUGGAGUUCUCGAUAGAUUUUCCACGGCUGAUCCCGGGUUUUCAGGAACUCCUUCUGGAUCCGGAUGGGAACUCACACGGACUGGUAUUACAGAACCAAUUGCCUCUGAAUGUCCCAAACGUUCCACGAGCGACUCUCCUGCUCCUCGAUAACCCCUGGGCUCCAGAUACAAGAGCAGCCUAUUGCGCUUCAUGGAGUUCCUGGUCUGGUUGGUGCAUGGAACGGUCAAUGGAUCCCGUAUCUGCCCCUCUCCAUAUGAUCUUGGAGUUCCUCACACACAUGUUCGAUUCGGGUAAGGCGUAUCGUACGAUCAACCUUUUCCGCUCAGAAAUUUCAGCUGGACAUAGAGGUUUGGAUGGUUCGCCCAUAGGCAAACAUCCUUUUGUGUGUCGCCUUCUCAAAGGUAUUCGCCUUGCUCGAUUUCCUUGGACUCGUAUAUCUGCAUUCUGGGAUGUCAACGUGAUGUUACAAUUUUUAUCGUCAUGGUUUCCGAACCAAGACUUGACACUUAAACAGAUCUCUUCUAAGUUAGUGAUGCGUCUCUGUUUAAUUUCAUGUAAAAGGGUGUCUGACGUUAGGGCCCUUGAUUGGGAUGCCAUUACUUUUACCCCUGAGGGUAUCUCGUUCAACAUAUCCAGAAGGACGAAAUCAGCAUCCCAAUCUUUUGUAUACCCUAGAUUCUCAGGAAAUCUGGCAUUAUGCCCGGUGGAGUGUCUAAAGGUAUAUCUGGAUAUUACACGGCCUCUUCGGUCUUUGUACUUUCAUCCGUUAUUCAUAUCAUUUAGGUCUCCAUACCAACCCGUAUCCACCCCGACUUUGGCUCGUUGGAUACGCUGGCUUCUCUCUUUAGCUUGCAUUGACACUUCUAUCUUCACGCCCCAUUCAGUACAUGGAGCCAUGGCAUCGAAAGCCUCUACAGUCGGCUGUCAUCUGGAGAACAUUCUGCGGGCUGCGGAUUGGUCUCUGGAGUCGACCUUCCGUGACUUUUAUUUCAGACCGAUUAACCACAUCGCAUCUCAAGUGAUAGCACAGCUUUAAACUUGCAUAAUAGGAGCCUCCGUGUCUUAAAUAAAAUUCCCAGAUUUUACUAUUAACAUGACAUAAAGUCAUGAUUUUAUUAAAGACACGGAGGCGAGUAUUAUUCCCACCAGCCCUCCCGGUGUUGGGUCAUUGGUUGAGAUGUGGUUGAAUUUUCAGGUAUGUUACUAUCUGCUAUGGUUUUUGUGUCCUACAUAUUUAUAUGAUUAUGCUGUUGAUGUUUUGGUUUUAUAUAAUUAUAUACUAAUAGUUUUUUCUAUAUUAUAGGUUGAACUCCUAAGUAGCUGUUGACAUUUUGCUUGGCAAGUCUUCAGUUUGGAGUUUGGUUAUUACCAUAUUUCUCUCUCUCUCUUUUAGCUUGAAGUUUUCGUUUGGUUCCGGUUUUCCUACUCUUGCCGGGUGUGAGAUCUUUUCGUGUUUUCCUUGUCUUCUGUUCUUGCAAGAAAGAGGGGGAUUGUGGGAGACAGACAUUUUAUAGUUACUUCCUCUGUUAUUUGAUUGGUUACCUGUGUGCCUAUACAGUUUUUUCUUUCAUUUUAAUAAUAUUUAUAUUCCUCUAUCUUUGCUGCUGAGGGAAUAAAGAAAGAGUUAUGCAUAAUACUCGCCUCCGUGUCUUUAAUAAAAUCAUGACUUUACGUCAUGUUAAUAGUAAAAUCUGGGAAUUUUGUACACAGUGUGGCAUUGAUUAGGAAAGUGGCUUCUCAACGUGGAUGCUUAGUGGUUAUGUACAAAGGCAGUUCUUACAUCAUGAGUGUUUUCAAGAUGAUAUAUACUGUUCAUAUCCAAGGCCUUGAGUUGCUAUAUUUCAAUCACUGAUAUACCAAAACUGUUCGAUUAGCUCUUAUUUCCAUAUUAAACUUGACAUAUCAAAUAUUUCUCUGAACUCCCCUUCAAACAUUGUUUUGAGUGAUCUUUUAAAAAACUGUCCAAUGUUCCAGCUGGUCUCCUCACAAUGGAAUUUUUUUAUUUUAUUUUUUUAAAGUGAAAGUUGUUUUCCUAACAAUAUUCCUUAAAUACCUGGUUUACCAAUGCAGCACUCCCAGCCCCAUUGCUCUGUGGCUGUUAUGGUGCCAUGGUGACCCAAUUUUAAGGAGUGAUACAGUUUCAAAAGGUUUGACCUCUUACCUGCAGUUCCCCAGAGACACUCCUUGCCUUCACUACUACUGACAAAGAGCUGGACGUUGUCUGAGCUGCUCGGCUUAGCUCGUUGGCUGAGAGUGAUCGACUGACACUCUCAGCCAAUGUGCUAGCCCUGCACUUUAAGCUUGUUUAAUGUCAUGGUACCCCUUUGUUUGUGAGGAGCUCUGUCCGAACCAAUCUGAGGGUUAAAUGCACUGGACUCAACCUGACUGGAAAAUUCUGAGAAUAUAAUAUCUCUAAUAUUUUUUUUCUACUAUAAAAAACAAAACAAAAAACAAAGGUUCAAACAAGGGAAAAAGAAAUUUCAAAACCAAAAAAGUUGGAUUCGACUUGAAGGUUUUGAAAUAGUUUGUUUAGUAAGAACAGGUUGCAUGCUGGGACGAUCAGGCCUAAUUGCUGUAAUGUAAUCUGCCCCAUUGUCCCUGGUUUGCAGUCUUACAGUUGGUCUCGGACACUCACUCACCUGCCAUAUGUCUAUUGGCUUCUCGCCUACUUUCUGUCCCCCACUCCAGCUGCUUCGGAUCUACAAAAUUGCUCUAUGGUCCUGCUGUCUGCUCUGCAUUUUGUGGUUUCACUUUACCCGGUUGCCUCAUUCCUGACUUUCUCCGUUGUUCCCUUUAAAACUCCUACUGUCUGUGUAAAACAUUGCAGUUCAGUGUUAUCUAUUCAGAAAUGUGUUUCCUUUUGAAAAUCUGCAGAGAAACAUUGAAUAAAAAAAGGUGCCAUUUUAGAUCCAGCGCUGCAGAAUAUGUUUGUGCUAUAUAAGUAAAUACAGUGGUUAUUGUCCCAAGUGAUUUACUUCCCUAUGCUCUUGCUGAAACCCAGUGAUAGAACAACGAUCUGUAUUUUUUUGGGAUGUGCAAAGUGUGAGUGACAUGGACCCAGUUGUUAGGGAAAAUGUUGUCCAUCUAAGCAGAUUUUGGUGAGUUUGUCGCUAUCUUAAGCGCCUGCUUGUGACUUUGUUUGCAGGCCUUUGAUUUCCCUAUAUUUUAUUAUCUUGUCCGCGAGCGGUCAGGCAUGUUGAAUAUGUAAGUCUCUGUCCAUUUGGCCUCUGUUGUGUUCAUUGGAAAGUUCCUCUCUCUACCUUUGCUGUCGUUGCGCUUGCGUGCCUUUUGUUUGAGCUGACAGAGACCUUCUAUAUAUUAUUUUGUAAGAGUUUGUUUUUUCCCUCUUAUUAAUAUAAGGUACUUUGAUUCACUCCCUUUUAUUUCCUUUUCUUUUUUCUCUGUUGAUAAUGUUGACACAUAACUAAAAUUCUGUUUGUGUUCUUCAGGUGGUGAUCAACUGUGCCAUCCCUAAAGGACUUAAAUAUAACCAAGCUACACAGACCUUCCACCAGUGGCGAGAUGCAAGACAGGUGUAUGGUCUCAAUUUUGGGAGCAAGGAGGAUGCCAAUGUCUUUGCCAGUGCCAUGAUGCAUGCCUUAGAAGUACUGAACUCGCAGGACUCUGGUAAGCCGAUUUACCGUUCGUUCAGCUGGGAGCCAGCUUGUUCCAGUCAUGGCUCAGACGCUCAUGUGACCUUUCCGUGAAACAAGUUUUAUUCCAAGAAUGGUGCAUUGUCAGUGAAAAGUAAAGCCUCCCUGUCACUACUGUUUUUAAGGGAAGUUGGGGAUUUUAAGAGUUAGUGUAUUUUAUAUAUUCAGUUCAACUCAAAGAACUUUAUAUAUAUAUGUAUGUAUGUAUGUAUAUGUAUGUAUGUAUGUAUAUGUAUGUAUGUGUGUGUAUGUAUGUACAUGGGAGAGGCACUCUGCACAGUAUCAGGGAUUUUCAAUAAGGUUUAUUAUACAAUUUGCUUUAGUGUGUUGAAUGAUGGCUCCCCCUAGUGACUAGAAUGACUUACUUCUCCCUAGAUUCGAUGUUUUCAGAUAGUAGAGAGAAUAUUAUGCUUUGUAUUUCAGUAAACUGUCCAGGGCUAGAUAAAGGAUAACGUAUCUUAAGGUUAUUGUAAAACAAAAGUGUAUAUGAACACUCCAAGCACAAUAUAUAAAAGGUAUCGUUAGGAGCAACUUGAACAACAAAAAAACUAAACGUGAAUUUAUUUAUUCAGCAAGGUAAUGUAUGUCUUGUUAGCUGCCAAGUAUUGAACUACAAAUCUCCUAAAUCUCUCAGCAUUUAUUUGUCUCCAUAUUUUAAGAGUUUCAUCACAGGCAGAGGCCAGGGUUCAUCAUGAAACCGGGUAUUGUUGGAAUGAUCCAAGAGUUGCAAUUCAGAAUUUACAUACAUACAUACAUACAUACAUACAUACAUACAUGCAAUCCUUCAACUGCACGCAGUAACUUUUAAUGCUGCAGGUAUUUUUCCAUUCAUUUCUGUAGCUUUUUUUUUUUCUUCUCAUUAGAUGAUAUACAUUUUACUGUUGCGAUUGCGGUGUAUUUAGAUUUGGAAUGAAAUUGUGUAAAACAAAAAACCCUCCUCAUUGAAAUGUAAAAAGCUGUCUUGCUUGGCAACUUAUGUGAGAUGUCUCGUAACGCUUGGCAGGGCCUGUCCUCUCCCCAGCAAUGGGAAAGACUGCCUGAUCCUCUGCUGCGUCGGCAUCUUUUUAUUAAUCUUCACAAAUCAAAUUCAAAUCCGUACUUGGCGUACUUAUAGGAAGGCGUUCAGUGGUGUUUGUUUACCCCAGGAAAUGUAAUUUAUGCUUGUACUUGAAAUAGAUACUGCUUUUCAAUUAAUGUUGUUGGGUGAUGUAAGGACAAGAUGAAAGGGAAAGCGCUAUAGCAGGCUGCGUGUUUUCCAUCAGUCCUAUGACACGAGUCAGAUACACUUAUUUUCCGGAGUAAUAUUGCCCUCUAGUGGCCUUCAUGAGUUACAAUUUGGAUGCUUCAUGAGUUACAAUUUGUUUUUUGUAACAGAACAUGGUUGUGGGAUCAAUGGAAGGUAUAAUUACAAUGUACCUAAAAUAACACAUGCAGCACAUGUACCUUAAAGAAGCAUCCAAACCCUUUUAUUCCAGGAUGGGUGGCUGUCUGUUGCCAUCACAAUCAGUUGAGAAAGUUCUGAUUCACUCUUAGAAGAAUAUAGCGUGUUCAGGAGGGAUGUGCAGUGUAAUAAGGGAUUCUGACUUUCCUACGGUCAAAUGAAUGUAGGUUACUGGCAUUUUUUCAUAGAAGGGGUUUAGGAGUGACAAGAAUUAUGAUUAUAUUAAUGUAAGAGAACCAUGUCUUCCUUAUUAUUGCAGAUUUUUAUUUAUUUUAUUUAUUUUUAUAGUUUUUUGGGGGUAGUGCAAGUCAAUGAGGACCAUAAGAUUUAAACCCUGGGCACUAACCACUAGACUUGAAAAUGUCUGAAUCCCUGUAUCUAGGUCUCCCAAUAUUUAGUAGACUAUAUAUCAAGAAGCUAAUGGCAGGAAUCUAGUAAGGGGCCUGCUGAGCAGUGUAACAUUGGGCUGUUUGGCGCACUAACUGGUUCACAUUGAAGAUCGAUCUGCCAUGCAAUUAGCGUCUUACCAGACCACAUUGAUACCUUUUGUACCCAUGCAGCAACACGGGAAGGAUGUGAUUUUGUAACAAACAGUGGAGGCUGCAUAGCAGGUAAAGAAGUGCCAACUACUUGUUCUAGCCCAGUCCCCACUAGAUCAAUUAAAUCCACUCACCUGCAUUCAAUGGUAUGCAAACUAGUGUGUGUAAGGGGUCCGUGGUUUCUGAUGCCAUAUAUGCACAGCAUAUAACUGUACAUCCAUUUUGAAUGGUAUGAGAAGUAUGUGAUUUUAGAGUGCAAUUAAAAGAGUAACGGAGCUCCCUGUACCCUUGGCUGGGUACCUCCGCCAAGGACCGCUUCCUAGCUAGAACAGGGGACUAACCGCAGCACCUCUGCCUACAGUCGCCGUGGCUUCACUGGGGCUCUGGAGCCGAAUGGGGAACUCGCUCUGUCCACCCCGAGGCACUGGACGACACGGAGUCCUGGGAGCUCUCGUCCUUACAAGGACUUUCCUAGUUGAAUCCUCCACACUGGAACAGUAACCAGAGGGCACAUAGUUCUGGGAGUACAAGCUGGAAUACUUUAAUCUGGCCAAAUGGGCUGCUUUUUUACAAUCUAGACACAGUCAAACAUGCCCAUAACACUCCCACUCAAAACAGGACAAUCCCUCAGCCUGGACCUGAGAGGAGACUAGUUACAAGCAAACAUCUAACAUACUCCUCUCCUGUGCCUGAGAGAUAAUUACCCGAGCCCUUAAACAUAUAAUUGAAUUAGCUCUCCGUAUAGAACAGUCAAUAUAGCAAAAUCCCAAUCAUACCCCCCCAAAGCACAUAAACACCACACAGGUUACAUCUCCUGAUAGCCCCGAUUUGGGAGACCAACAUAUCCAGAAAUCACCCAGAUCGGUUCAGGGGUUUGGGAUUUCCAUGGAAGUCAUAAUUUUGAACAACCUCCACAUGGUCCUAUGCCUAAAACAGUACCAUGAAAUCAGUGCUAACGUUUGGUCAAGUUCGGUAGUUUAAAAACGAACAACUACCAAACGGAAUUCAUAGUUCUAUGCUGGAGCUUGUUUGUCGGAACGUUUCCAUCGAACAGUGCCCUUCUAAGUCGCAUAGAACCGACUGAAGGCAAUGAUGGAAGUCCAGCAGUGUUCGGGAGUUUCUGUGUCCGAUUUUGGUUCCAAGAGAUUGAUGCCCAAACACCACUGUCUUAGUUUGCUUGAACAAGAUGGCCAACACCUUGUGGUCGUUCAAAAGAAAUGUGGCCACCCAGACGAACAAUUGGAACACUACGGUGGAACUAGUUACAAGGUGUCAAUUGGUCUUAACAAGCUCCCGGGUGAUCUCUGGUUCGUGCGGUUGUUCGAUUCCCGAACAACAUAAUCCCAAAUCACAUGAACAGAGCCCUUUCAGCGCCCUCCAGGAGCUUGUGGCAAACAAUCAGACCCAUGGGCGUCACAAAAAGUGAUUUUCCUCUUCACUUUUUUUUUUUUUCCCUGCACAGAGAUAUGUUUUGGGUUCACAUGUUUAUUCUUUGAGAAUUUAUUAAAUGCAUCUGGUCACCCUCUGCACAAUCUUAUUGGGUUACUUUGGGAGUUAAAUCACUUUGUUUAUGCAGCCCUAAAAUGUAUCCUCCACCUCGAAAGUGUGUGAUCAGCAUUCAAGGUGUGUUCCGGCAUGGUGUCAAUAUGUGAAUACAGGUGUGUAUUUGUUUCGGUGUUUAUGAAAUGCACUUGUAUUGGAAUAAAAGCCAGCAGUUGCCACAUAAAGAACCUGUAAUGACCUACUCCCAGCAUUUUUGGGAAAGGUUUUAUGUAAUGAGCAACACCUGAGCAAGAUGAAACUGGGAUGUAGGGUCUGGGACAUCCAAUAAGAUUUUUCAUGGCACAUGCAGCGUGUCUCCCAGGUCAGCUUUAACAGAACAGUAGUGCAAAAUCUGGUUCUGAAGGAGUUAAUCUUCGUGAAAGGCUCUUUAAAAGUUUACACUCAAAAUAUACAUGAAACGGUUAUUGCUACUUUCUCAUGUAAUCACCAAUUGUUUUUCUAUGUGACCGCUGAUAUGAACAGGCAUCUCAUUCAAUGUGAUAUAGCUAUAUCUCUAGAAUACCUUAUUGUGCAAGCGCAGUGCACCCACCCUCAGCUACAUCUACAUAACCAGACGGGAUGAUUUUGCAUUUUAAGCAGAGUCUCAAAAAGGUGACACCAGUGACUGCUACUAUUAGCAGCUAGGUUUGAGAAUGUAUCUAAUUUCAAAUGGUCUGCCUUCUGUUAACUAGUUUUAUUAUUGUUUGGAUGUCACUUUUUACAUACAUUAAAAUGUGUUUAUACUAAGCAUGCAUUUCAUUGUGAGAAAUUCACUACAGAUCAAUACAUACUUUUAUUGUCUUACUAGACCAGGAAGGAGCAAAGCAGUCUCCUUGGUGAGCUUGCUAUAAUGGCCCAGAAGCUGUCAGAGGACAUAGCCAGAGCCACUUGCAGAGCUUUAUAAAGAGCAUGGAUUUGUGCUAUAGGGCAACACACAUUUAACAGUAACCAAGAAAAAGCUAUCACCACUACCUCAUUUAAAGAAAGACCCCGUGUUCGGGUCGUGACGUGUAACUGGUUCUAGUAACCUAUGUGGUACUUGACCUACACUGGGAUUUAUUUUUAUUUUUUUUGGAGGGGGUGGGAGGUGUUUACAGGAAAGUCCUAAAAUAAAAAAAAAUUAAAGUGAAUUUGAUUUAAAUCGUAUUUUAGAAACUGCCAACCAUUUGAUUAAAAACAUUACAAAGUAUCAAUAAAUGUAUUGGUAAAGCUUGAAGAUAAGAAAGGCAAGUGUUAAUACAUUCCAGUUCUUCCACCAUUUUUGUGUUUAAGGCACUUAUUAUAUAUUGAGUAAAAUAUUUUUAAUAAAAGACAUUACAUUACAAUCCUGUUCAGUCAAGGCACAGCCAGGACACACAUUGCAAAUGUGGAAGAAAAACCGAAACAAUGAUAUAUUUCUCCUCUUUACUCUGUGUGCGCCAUAUUUCUUUCUCUUGCCCAUGAAAAAGGUCUUCCUAGGAGGAAAGCAAAGUUUGUGAAAGUUUUACAUCGUAUGACUGCAUAUCUAAAACAGGGUUCUCAAACCUAUGGCCCUCUGGAUGUUGCUGAACUAACAAUUAUUUGAAUGAAAUGGAUAGCAGGAGAAUCAUGGGAGUUGUAGUUCAGCAACAUCUGGAGGGCCAGAGUUUGGAGAGCCCUGCUCUAGCGCAACUCUAUGGGCUAAAAUUACAAGCUGUGCUCGAGGCUAAAGGUUUGAGAUUUUGGGCUGUAUGUUAUCAUACAGAUUAUGAGCAUAGUAUGUGUAAAGAGACCAGUUAGAAGAUGGGAUCAUAAGCUAUAUCAUGUUGGAUAAAGAAAAAUUGAAGGAUAAUGGGGGGGGGAAAGUGUGGAUAAAAUAUCUAAGAUUUUUUUAAAUUAUUAUUUAUUUUUCGACUGCCUUCUACUCUUUAACAACUACAACCUCUGCUUGAAGACCACUCAAAAAAUUCUGUAAAUAUGUCAGUUUUGGGGAGGAGAGCAUUUCUAUUCAUAGGAUACAAAUCCAAAAACCAUUCUGGAUAGCUGACUGCAUUUUCUUUUUUUUAAAAGCUAUGCCACCCAUACAUUGAAACCAGGAGCCAUUGUUUAUGAUUUGUAUCACUAGUAGCCCUCAGCUCAUACUCUGUUCUAGGGCAUUAAAUAAACCAGAGGGUAUUUAUCCUUUAUGGCAUGCCAUUCUUCUUGGGGUUAAUAAGAUAUGCAUUUACUUUGCUAAAACAAAGGUAAGCAGAUUCUAUUUUGGCUGAUGUGCUGAUUAUCUGUCUCGAGCUAUGUGCACGGCUGACAAUAUUGUAAAAAAAUUUUUUAAUGGAGCUGCCUGAAGGACAUUGCUUGGUUCUGCUGGAGGUUAAUGAAUCAAUAAUUUCAAAGUUUGAGCAGUGCUUCGUAAUCUGCUGAGAUGCUUUCUUUCUCUCUGAUGAAGACGUGCUCUUUCUACUUACAUUAGCCGUGGACUGAGAUAGUGGUUUUAGUCUUAUGGAGCAAGGAAUCAUAAAUAAUUCACAGUCUUCGGGAAAUGAGUUCUGCAGUCAGACUUCGAGCAGUGUUCAAGUAGUGCAAUCAACAAGCUACGCAAGAGGGAAGCAGCUGGCUGCCUGUGAUUGUCCUAUUCUGCUCCUGGACGUGGCAUGUAAAAUAGCUAUUGUUAAAAAAAAAAAAAAACACCCCAAAAAAACUUUUUCAAAAAUGGUUCUUUAUCUGUAUUCUGAUGGCCACCGCGAGGCUGAGCUCGACUUAUCCCAUCGUAAUGGGAAGACUGGAAUGUGGAGGUAUCUCUGCUGUCACAAGCCGGAUCAUUUGCACAUCUUUACUUGUGAGUAGCUGCUUCCCUCCUCACCGCUGUACUCCAAAACGUUGAAAGCCUCUGACAGCGGCUCUGUUACAGGAAAUAUUGCAUAGGACCCCUGUAAGCAUUGAGGGCUUUUUUUGUGGGGUGAGGUGGGUUCCAUGUAAGCAUUGCUAUCAGAACAUAAUAUAGAGUUUGUAUCACUGACCGUAACUGUAUUGCUGCUUGUAGGAUAUUAAAUCUAAACAAAUAUCCAGAGCUCUGUUGCUCUAACUGACCUUUAAUGUCAGAGCUGAUGAUGUCAAUCGUAAAAAUCUGCAGUUGAACUCUCUAAAAAGCAAGGUAUUUUGAAUGCAAGAACAUUCUGGGUUUGUGUGUGAAUAUGUGUAUGUAAAUAAACAUACAGUUAUUAUGGCUGACACCUCAUUUUCCUGAAUAGUAGAUAUCUGCUACCAUUAAGGCAUCAUUAGUGUUUGUGUAUUUUUUUUUUUAAGUGGAGAGAUUGAUGUAGACAAACUUUUCUAUUUUUUUUUUGUAAAUGUUGUUGCAAAUUUUUUCAUUUUUUUUCUAUUUAUUUUUUUGAAAGUAAUAAGUGAUAGAAGUAAUGAUCAAAUAGGUAAAAUUUCAGUAUUACGAGACAAUUUGAGUAUGAAUAUAUAUACCAUUUCUAAUGAAGGCUAUAAUUUGCUAAAUUUGAAGAGGAAAGCUUAAAGCAAUGAGGAGCAUUGGAAAGAAAGGGGAGAAGACAAAGGUGGCAGAUGGGCACCGAAACGUGGUCAGGUUAUGGCAAUUUCUAAUUCUGGAUAAUUAAAUGCUACAUUGCAAGACAGGUUUUUUGUUUUUCAAAUUAAUAAUAAUUAAUUGGAUCCUGUUUUACCUAAACUAAUGCAUCGUUUGCACUCGCCAAAUUGGGAACAACAAUACUUUACUGUUGGGUAAUCUGUAAUGUCUUGUGGGACAUUCAUUUAUAAUCUUACAUUUUUAUGUUUUUUAAGGUCCUACGUUGUCUCGGCAGAAUUCACAUAUACCCAUACAGGUACAAAAUGGCCCAUCACAAGAAGAACUGGAGAUCCAGAGAAGGUACUGUAAUCUAUGCCAAUGGGGCAUAUUCUUAGUUUGUUUUUCCUUUUUUAUUUACUAAAGCACAUUAUAUCUAGUUUUUAAUGAGCUUACUAAAAAAGGGUGUUUUUGUCUGUCCAUUGUUUGACAACCCAUGCAACAUAGGCCGUUAUUCAUUAAACUGAGAAUUGUUGGGAAGUCAAAGUAAACUUCAAAAUUUAGGCCAGUAAAACGUAAAAUAAAAUUCUAGUCAAUUCUGGCUGCAAUUCAGCUAUUUUGACCCUAAAUUUGGAAUUCACUUUGAAUUACCAGCAGUUCUGACUUUACUGAAAGGAACACUAUAGUCACCUAAAUUACUUUAGCUAAAUAAAGCAGUUUUAGUGUAUAGAUCAUUCCCCUGCAAUUUCACUGCUCAAUUCACUGUCAUUUAGGAGUUAAAUCACUUUGUUUCUGUUUACCUCCCCUGGCUAUGAUUGACAGAGCCUGCAUGAAAAAAAAAACUGGUUUCACUUUCAAACAGAUGUAAUUUACCUUAAAUAAUUGUAUCUAAAUCUCUAAAUUGAACUUUAAUCAUAUACAGGAGGCUCUUGCAGGGUCUAGCAAGCUAUUAACAUAAGAAAAUCAUAAUUAAACAGAACUUGCAAUAAAGAGAGCCUAAAUAGGGCUCUCUUUACAGGAAGUGUUUAUGGAAGGCUGUGCAAGUCACAUGCAGGGAGGUGUGACUAGGGUUCAUAAACAAAGGGAUUUAACUCCUAAAUGGCAGAGGAUUGAGCAGUGAGGCUGCAGGGGCAUGUUCUAUACACCAAAACUGCUUCAUUAAGCUAAAGUUGUUCAGGUGGCUAUAGUGUCCCUUGAAUAAACACUGUGAAUCCUGUGUGUUUUUUCAAAUGAAAAGCUUUAACCAAAUAAUCUGCUAAGAGAAUAUAUGCUGCCGUGUUCACCAUUACAGUCUAAUAUUCCCCAUUGCUUCCCAUGUAAAGAAGAAUUCUGGGGCAAAGUUAUAAAAGUUUGGCAAUUACAUUCCGUGGGUUCCCAUGGUGACGUCACUACAUUUAAAAUGUAAUCCGAAUUUGCUUCUUUUGUAUAAACCAUACGUGUGUUAUGUAAUAAAAAUGCAAUAAAUGAGGUACCUUUUAGAGGUCAGUGGUCAUGUUUGUCAUUUUAAAAUGGGGAGCAUAAAUAAAAAUCUGUAGGAUUUUUCAAGAGCUGCCACAUUUCUGUGGAUUUUUUUGCCCCUUGCCCUCAGACUUUCCCAGAACCUUGAGUCCUUGAAGUCACCCCUUUUAGAAAGCUUACCAUCUAUCUGGUUCUAUCAUUCCAAUCACACUCCUCUGUUUACUCUUCUACAUAUUCUAACUCAUGCUCCCUCCUUCCACACCACUUUUAUUACCUUAUUUUGUCACUGGCAUCUUAUCCAUCAGUCCCUCCUCCUCCCGCUGGCAUGCUAUUCCUCCUCCUUCCUCAUAACUUGGAACUGGUCUCACUGAUUGUAAGCUUAUUUGAGCAGCGCUUUCUUCAGCUCUUGUCUCUGUUAUAUUCUGAAUGUCAAUUAUUUUCAAAUAGCCUCAUUCUAUAAUUGUAAAGCACGGAGGAAUAGGUUAGAGCUACACUGAUCAGCCACAAUGUUAAAACCAAAGACUGUAGUAGUAAAUAACAUUUGAUUACUGUAACGGAUCGCCUGGCACCCUGACUGGGUACCUCCGUUGAAGGAUGCUCUUAGCGCUUCCUGAGGACUCCAAGAACUCUGGCAGACACCACAAUCACCAAACCGGAGAAACAAAUAAAUUCUCCCAAGCAUAUUAAUGCUGUAGACAGUUGAAUAGGAACCAUACGAAUAGGUUUACUCUCCUAGCAGUCAAACUGGAACAGCAUACAAUAAAUCCUUCCCCCAAUAAUGAGACGACACUUCACUUUGUGGGUUAAAACAGGAACUCCUGUGCUGGCAUACCCAGCCUGGUUUUUAUUACAGCCUUUCACAUACAGGGAGGUAUAAAACAACCAAUCACAUAUCAGUUACAUCCCACAUAUUCCCUCCCCUUAUCCUGAGAGGAAACUCAAUUACACAUACAGUUAAAACAUACUUUCUACCCAACUUUCAUAACUUUAAAACCAUACAUCACUUCACAUAAAAUUACAUAUUCACAAUCAAUCCAUUCAGGGGAACAACAUAUUAAAAAAUGGCAUGAAUCCGACCAGGGGUUCAAAAGUUAGUAAAAGUAUCUUUUGGGCCCUGGCUGGCACAUGGAUAUCUGGCUCAAACAGGUUUUACAGAGCCAAUGGGGGAAAGUAAUCCAAUUAUCCAGGGAUAGAGGCAGACUCCAUUGAGCACAUGGUUGCAAAAAGACAUAAAACACUUUAAAAUACAUAGUCACCUUUUACACAUAACACACAGACAUUUCUGGGAUCUGAGCGCACAAAACUACCGAAUAGCGCUCAGAUCCUAUUCACACAGUUCAAUUGCCAUGGAGCCGAAGUCUUUAACUACACGAAUGGGCUCCAUGGCAUAGCUAUCUGGGUUAACACAUUCACAUAAAGUCUGGUCCUUAGUCCAAAGGCAAGAGGCGGGCAAGCAGCCCCCUCCAAGGACACGUGGCGAGGCCGGUUUCGCCACAAUUACAUUGUUAAAAUGGCACCUGUCAGGGGGAAGAGAUAUAUUGGGCACCAAGUGAACAGCCAGUUCUUAAAUUGUGUUGGAAGCAGGAAAAAUGGACAAGAAAAACUCUCAGUGACUUUGACAAGAGUCAAAUAGUGAUGGCUCAACGACUGGAUCAGAGCAUCUCCAUAAUAGCUAGUCUUGUGGGAUGUUCCCUGUAUGUAGUGGCAAGUAUCUACCAAAAGUCAUGCAAGGAAGGACAACCAGUGAACAGAUGUCAGGGUCAUGGGCACCCAAGGCUCACUGAAAAACGUAAUGCUGCCAUGAUAGAACAGGCAGUGCAUUGUAGUUUGAGUAUGGGGCUUUGUAGACCUGUCAAAGUGCCCAUGAUGACCCCUGUCCACCACUGAAAGCGCCUUCAAUGGGGACCUGAGCAUCAGAACUGCAGCAUGGAGUGAUGGAAGAAGGUUGCCUGGCCUGAUAAAUCAUUAUUUUUUUUUAGUUUAGAUGGAUGGCUGAAUGCAUGUGCAUCUUUUACCGGAGGAGGUGGUAGCAAUGUUCUGCUGGUAGACCUUGUGUUCUGGUAUUCAUGUGGAUGUUACUUUGACACGUAUCACCUACCUAGAGAUUGUUGCAGACCAUGUACACCUCUUCAUGUCAAUGGCGUUCUCUGAUGGCAGUGUCCUCUUUCAGUAGGAUAAUGCACCCUGCCACACUGAAUUUUUUUUUUUUCUGGAAUGAUUCAAGGAACAUGACAAAGAGUUCAAGGUGUUGCGUUGUCCUCAAAAUUCCCCACGUCUCAAUCAGAUCAAUUGUGUUGUACGGUAGAUCAAUAAAUCUGAUCUAUGGAAGCCCCAUCUCACAACUUGCAGGACUUAUAGGAUCUUGGUACCAGACACAUCCAGGGAACUUGUGGAGUUUAUACUUCAACGCAUCAACUGUUUUGGAAAUUAGCAGCACGAGGGAGACCUACACUAUAUUUGCCAGGUGGUUUUAAUGUUUCUGUGGUGGUUAAUAAAAUUCAAAAGAAUGUUGUGAUAAAUGACCGGAUAUUUUUGUGUUCUCCUAUUUUAUUGUGACAUUAUGUUAGUAUAUAUACUUCCGAUGCUACUGAAAGUUUGCAAGUUACUUUGCCAUCUCCCCCAUAUUCUUCACAAACGUGGACUUGCGAACAUCUGCUAAUGUGCUCCAGCUCUUAAAAAGCAUUGACACCAUUCCAUUGUAACAGUGGCUGAUGGCAGCUUCAUUUGUAAUAAAUGUACUCUGCGCUUUAUUUUUUGAAGUCAUUUGAUAUGUCAAUGCCAUUUUUAUCAAUAAAUAUCUAGAAAAGUAGUUAUUCUACAAAUUACUACUAAUAUAAUUACAAAGGAACUACAACUAGUGAUAUAGUUACAAAAGUUCCACCCUACAAAUCCGCUAUCAAUCAAGGAGCUGCUCCUCAAUAAAGGAGGGUACACGUGAUAUUGGUGGGGAAAUGUUUUUGAAGAGUAAGUCACCUCACCAAACGAUGCAACGUUUUGGCUCUAAGAGCCUUAGUAAUGCAUGAUUACACUUUAAUACAUUUUCACCAUCAAUAUCACGUCUGUACCCGGUGUUUUCUACUUUUUCCAUAGUUACAAUAUAAAGAUUAUACUUUGCUUUAGCCUGAUGGUAUUGGAAAGAUUGACAUGUUUUUACUCAUUUAGUGGAUGUUUAAUGCAAUGCCAACUCAAGCAGUGUUUGUAUCAGGUGAAGUCCUGGUGUUAUAAAGUAUUUAUAUCAGUUGCAUACAAAGUAAUUGCAUGUUAUGCAGUUCUUAGAGAUGUUCCGCACCUAGUCAAUUAACAAUCAUUAUCCACCCAGACAGGAAGGCACCAAAAACACCAUUAUUGCAAGCAGGUCUGUGUUUUAUACCCUACCUCCUCUAGACUGUACGCUCGUUUCAAUCUAUUGUUCCUGUAACAUUUUGUACUUGUCUCAAUUAUUGUGAAAUUUCUCCCAUUUAUAAUAUUGUAAAGCACUGCGGAAUAAGGUUAUGCUAUAUCAAUGCCCCAAAAAUAGACUUGUAUCAGCCACAAGGAGGGGUCGGAAUACCAGGCAUGGAAAGGGUUAAUGUCACAUACCUGACAGAGUAGCCGUUUGGGUCAGAAUAUGAUGUAUACACGGCAUGGAAAGGGUUAAUGUCACAUAUCUGGCAGAGUAGGUGUUUGGGUCAGAAUGAUGUAUACCAGGCAUGGAAAGGGUUAAUGUCACAUACCUGGCAGAGUAGCCUUUUGGGUCAGAAUAUGAUGUAUACACGGCAUGGAAAGGGUUAAUGUCACAUACCUGGCAGAGUAGCUGUUUGGGUCAGAAUAUGUUGUAUACCCGUCAUUGAAAGGGUUAAUGUCACAUACCUGGCAGAGUAGCCGUUUAGGUCAGAAUAUGAUGUAUACCAGGCAUGGAAAGGGUUAAUGUCACAUACCUGGCAGAGUAGCUGUUUGGGUCAGAAUAUGUUUUAUACCCGUCAUUGAAAGGGUUAAUGUCACAUACCUGGCAGAGUAGCCGUUUAGGUCAGAAUAUGAUGUAUACCCAGCAUGGAAAGGGUUAAUGUCACAUUUGGCAGAGUAGUCGUUUGGGUCAGAAUAUGAUGUAUACCAGGCAUGGAAAGGGUUAAUGUCACAUACCUGUCAGAGUAGCCAUUUAGGUCAGAAUAUGAUGUACAGUGCACCAGGCAUGGAAAGGGUUAAUGAUGCAUACCUGGCAGAAUAGCAGUUUGGGUCAGAAUGUGAUGUAUACCCGGCAUGGAAAGGGUUAAUGAUGCAUACCUGGCAGAAUAGCAGUUUGGGUCAGAAUAUGAUGUAUACCAGGCAUGGAAAGGGUUAAUGUCACAUACCUGGCAGAGUAGCCGUUUAGGUCAGAAUAUGAUGUAUACCCAGCAUGGAAAGGGUUAAUGUCACAUCUGGCAGAGUAGUCGUUUGGGUCAGAAUAUGAUGUAUACCAGGCAUGGAAAGGGUUAAUGUCACAUACCUGUCAGAGUAGCCGUUUAGGUCAGAAUAUGAUGUACAGUGUACCAGGCAUGGAAAGGGUUAAUGAUGCAUACCUGGAAGAAUAGCAGUUUGGGUCAGAAUGUGAUGUAUACCCGGCAUGGAAAGGGUUAAUGAUGCAUACCUGGCAGAAUAGCAGUUUGGGUCAGAAUAUGAUGUAUACCAGGCAUGGAAAGGGUUAAUGUCACAUACCUGGCAGAGUAGCCGUUUAGGUCAGAAUAUGAUGUAUACCCAGCAUGGAAAGGGUUAAUGUCACAUCUGGCAGAGUAGUCGUUUGGGUCAGAAUAUGAUGUAUACCAGGCAUGGAAAGGGUUAAUGUCACAUACCUGGCAGAGUAGUCGUUUAGGUCAGAAUAUGAUGUACAGUGUACCAGGCAUGGAAAGGGUUAAUGAUGCAUACCUGGCAGAAUAGCAGUUUGGGUCAGAAUAUGAUGUAUACCAGGCACGGAAAGGGUUAAUGAUACAUACCUGGCAGAAUAGCUUUUUUUCCUUUUUUUUUUUUUUUUUUUGGUCACAAGGGCCUUUUCUUCUGUUCAAGUUCCCCCCUAUACCUCCCUAUUAAAACCACUAAACUGUGUUGUAUUUGGUAGGUACGGUUGUUAAAGUAGAACAACUAUAUUUGUAUUUCUUCGUGAUAGACCGCAAAUAACUAAUCAAGGUAGUUCUUUUGCCGUCCCUCUUUGAUUUUUAUUGAGUCAUGAUCCCAAUAUAGAACAUGUCUGAGCAUUAAUGGCAUAUAGCGAAAUCUAUAAAACAUUAGCCGGUCUGGUGCUGGUGACUCAGUCACUGUCUAUAUUACAUAGUUACAUAGCUGAAAAGAGACUUGUGUCCAUCAAGUUUAGCCUUCCUCACAUAUUUUUUUGCUGUUGAUCCAUUAGAGGCAGUUCCCGUAGCUACAUGUCCAGAAAGCACACAAGCCACACGAAUGCCAGGUAGGUACGAUUGAUAGUUUUAAAUGAAACAUUGUUUAAUUACAGGGGUGUCCAGCCUUGGCCCCCCGGGUGAACCUGGAAUAAAAUUAAUGGAAAUUUAGUCCAACAGAAGGACCGUUAAGACGAUAAUUUUAGUUCAUUCAAUAUGCUCAUUAAACUAGACCUGAUAAAUAUUUAAUAAAGAUAGAACUUUUGCUUAAUAAAAAUAAUGGAAUAUUUCUUUAUAUUCCAAUAUACAUCCAGAAGAAUAAUGGUCACCUUUUCCAGCUAGAUGAAUCCUAUAAUGCAGCCUUAGCUCUGCGGUCUUCUGGGAUUCCCUCCCUUAGGAUUAAGGAGUAGUACCCCGAUUUUAUGUAUUGCUUGGUUACCCCAUCCGUGUCUGUGCCAUUCUUCCUAAUAUUCCAGUGCACCAGACCCUAACACUACCUGUUCUCCCUAACAUGCUCCAACAAGUACGUUGUUAAACUACAGGAGAUGCUAUCCUUAUCAACCCACCCAUGUGACAGGAACCAAAUAGCCACCGAGGGACCUUUUAAACUGUGACACCACAGUCUUCAAGGAAGGUUUAAUUUAUUCCGUUGCAUGAGGGUUAGUUACUAAGGUUUAACUGCAGAGUUUCACAAGCAGCUUGUUGUUUACAGAUUGAGCUGGCAGGGUUCCCAGACCAUUACUAUCUUUACUACACUCAGAGCCCACUAUGUAUAGAUUUGCAUUUAUGCAGAAAUGUAAUCUAACUAUACAUUGUGUUUUAUCCUGGCUGGGAGCCAAGUAAUGGAACACAUGAAGUCAAUUCAGUGAAUUCCAGUAAUUUAUUUAAAUUUUUUUAUUUUUAACUCCCAAAUCAAUUUCCCAUUUCUCCCCAAAGAUCCCAGACAUGGAAGAUCUCCCUGCAGAUUAACCACUGGAUAUUUACCUCCGCAGGGACAUCACUUCUGUGGUUCUUUUGACCUCACUCAUGCUAGUGAUCGUCAUCCAUGAACCACAUGAGCAGCUUACAAGUUUCCCAUAAUCCACCUUUUGUAGCGGUGGGUGAUUUCAGGAGUGAAACCCUGCAGAUGGGUGACUGUAGAUCUGUGCGCUUUCCAGUGGUCCCCACCCUUUACCACAUACUGGUAUUCAUAAAUUAUCACUACAAUACCUGUCUGCUGUGAGAGUUAGCUUUGAUGGUAACAUUGUAUGCAGCGCAGCCAAAUUGGGCGACUGGCGGGAAUGCCAGCUUUGCUUUGGGAACAGCCCCCUGUUUAGUCGACUCCGUAAACAUGGAGGGAAAUGGAUACACAAGCUAUGGUUGGUAAUUAUGAUCAAAUUCUCCAUGUGUCUAUCACCUUUCAUGGCAGCACAAACUCCCGCCGUGUGUGUGUGUGACAUCAGCUAAAGGAUUAAUGGUUUAUGUUCGCAUUAUUUCUGUUUUUAUAUACCCUCUAGAUAUAGCCUGCAUACGACUCACCUGUGGAGUGCUGAGUCUUUCUGUUUACUUGUGUAUCUGAGGCCAUUUAUAUUUAUAGUUUCCUUUAGUCAGAGAUAUAUAUAGUGUCCUUCUGAGGCAACUUCUGGGCCCCCUUCAGGCCUUCUUGGCCUCUGCUUGUACCGUAUGACAGUUAAUCCACCCAAAACAUUAGCUUAAAGAUAUUUGGGGUUCCUGAUGUAAGUCACUCUGUUUAUAAAACAGCCAGUAUUCCGGCCUGUAUAUCAGAAGAGCCGCUGGACUACUCUUCAUAGUGUUAUAUAUAGGUUUACAUUUUUCUCACCCAUGCUAGAACCUUUUUUUUUUUUUUAAUAUUAUGCAUAAAGAUCUUCAUACAAAAUAGAUUUGUAAUGUUGCAAUCAGUCUGUUGUCACACUGAUUGGGAUGACUGCCCCCAAGGGGAGCAGUGAAGGAGGACUUUAGCUGUUUCUGUAUUAUUUUGGCAUAGAUAGAUGAAUAAUGCGGACAGCCUGAAUGCAUGUGUGUGAGUGGAUCUAUUUACUAACAUAAGAAUCGUGGACAGUUUGUAAGGGAGUAUCAAAACUGUAUAACUGAGACAUAUCUCUAGCUCUGCUAUUUGGACCUAAAAUUUGCAAUUCUGAUUUUUGUUUUCCAUGGUUCCUAGUUUAGUAAAUAAACCCUUUGGUGCUUUUUAGUGGGGGCAACCUUCCAGUUUUGGGGUGUUUGUACUAGUAUUGUAAAAGUAAGGUCUCCCUUGGCUCCAUUAAACUCCAGUCCUGAAUUAAGUCUUCUUGAAUCCUAAAUUGUAGAAAUAAUUGUCAUCCCCCCUUCUUGCUGAAAUCGAUGCCUGUGUGAAAUGGAAAGCACAUCAGUUGAUUUUGUUUCAUUACAAUAUGAACCAAAAAGAUCUUAAUUUUAUCGGCACCGAUUGUGUGCUGAUCACUGCUGGCCAAGGCAAGGGAUUCUCUGUAUAAUGACAUCAGCGUGACCAGAAAGCCCGAUGGUUUAUCAGUGGGGGACAUACGUGUUAUUUAUAGCCUGGAAGUCACUGUUAAGGGAUGAGCUUUGCUAUAAAAAAAGAAGGUAGCAGCUGCAUGGACAGGUUUGUUUGCAGUGUGGCCAGUAUGAAGCCGUAUGGCUGUUACAUUGUGCUUCAAAAGGGAAAUGGACCAAAAGUGGAUCGCCUCCUUCUGUAAGUACCUGUGUUUAUACCACACAAUACUGGAAAUUGGUCUGGCGUGUAUACCCCAGUGAUCAUUAUGGGCUGGCAUAUACACACUGUUUUAGCCUCUCGGUUCCUGAACUUGGUGGCGGUUAACUUUAAAAGUUUUUGUAGCCCGUGUGCGUUCAUUUUAACUAGCUGGACCUACUGACUGUGAGUUGGUAACUAACAGCAAGUGUGUAGGAAAGAUCUGAUCCCCACCUUCUUAUUAGGGUUUUGUAUGUGGGUUCUACUGUGUCAUAGGUUUAAUGUUUGCUAAUCUAUGGGGGAGUCGAAUAACUGCCUGUAAGGCCAUUCAUUUUGUCAUUAAGUAUUUGAGAUUUUUUUUUUAGCGGUUUCUUUUUUUUUGUCUUGCUCAGUACAGUGAUGACUAGGCUUGUCAUUUAAAUCUUCGAUUUUCCUGAUCGUUACAGAUCAGUGUUUAAUUAUAUAUAGCAUGUAUUGGGAUAAAGUGGAGCAGCAUUCUGUUGAGGUAGUAGGGGUUUUAUAAUAGUAUGUGACUUCUUUUUGUGCAGUGUGGGUCAUGGUUGUCUCGGAUAGACUUAGUCAGUCGUUGAAUUCACAAUAUUAACAAUGGUAAAAUUAUAAUGUUACAAUAGUUGGGGUGUGCGCUUCCUUUGGCUACAAAUAUUAUUGAUCAAAGCGUAGAGCGUUUGACAAACAGGUAAAAUUCUAUAAAGUUGAUUGAAAUUGUGUCAAAGUAUCUCACAUUUAUUGAGUGUUUAAUAAUGAUUUCAUUGUUCAUUUUUGAUGCAGCUGCUUUGCUUGUUCAUUUCCUGGGAUCACUGAUUAUACAGAGAGACUGAUGCAUAUUAUAUUACAACUGCCAAGCAUUUGUCUGUCUUCUGUAUGCCCUUAUCUUUGUAUCUGAACGGAGAGGAUAUUAAAACCACUAGCAAAAGCCCAUAAAUCCCGUUCACAAAAAUGAGUAAGAUUCUGCAAAUUAUUUUCUGUGUAUUUGGGACAAGUAGAAUAAAACCUAGAAGAGUUGGAUCCUGACUGACCUUUUAUACUAAGCUGGGAAACCGUUUCUCUGGUUUCUGUGAAUACACGUACACCAAACCUCCACCAGAUAGUGUCACAUGUAGAAAAAUAUAUAUCUAAACUUAGCUGUAUAUCCUCCCUAGGGACCUUACCAAAUGACACUCUUCCAAACAGCCAAUAUAUUAUACACACAACGAAAUAAACUACAUCUAGUGUAAUAUUGUUUAAAAAAGCAAUUGCACUUCUAAUAUUGCACCCCACAGAAUGGAUGAAAAUAAAGCACCACAGGGUGCCUCCCCUGACUGAUGGAUGGGCCAGAAGAAACCACGUCCUCCCCAAUCCGUGAUAUCUGUGGAUUAUGCUAAAUUUAUCAGGACUCCAGGUAUAGGUAUUAAAAUUAGGUUUGCAAUAAUAAGAAAAUAUAAAAUCGCAUACAGCUGUCCAACUUGUUUCUACCAGUGCUGGAAUUCUUCAGGAACCAAAAUCACCAUAAAAACUAUAAAACCAAAUAAAACCUACUUCCCUCCUCAUGUACUUUAUUUUAUAGGGCUAGUCCCCAGUUCUGAUUGGUCCUUUUUAAGGCGUCUUCUGAGGUUCCCUCCUGAUAGGCUUCCAAAUCUUCGCAAUCAUCAAAUCCUCCUUUUCAGUUAGCUACAUGCUAUCUAGCCAAAGCUCAUUGCCACAUGGUGAAUAGUUACGUGCACUAUGUAUAGGCACAUCUUAUUGCGUUCCACCUUGCACUACUUGUUAACGCUGAUCACAAGAUCAUAAUGGCGAUUUCUUGUUUCUGCUCAUUACUUGAAUAGAAACAUUUACCAAAACACACAUCUUUAAAGUAGUUUUUUUAUUGUUUCAUAAAGUCAUGUUGAUGUCACUUUUCAAUGGAAUUGCUGCUUUUCUCAAAAGCAAUGUACUUUUUUUUAUUUUACACAGCAUCACAUUGAUAUUUGAGUAAAAUUGUACUGUUGAGAUUUGGCUUGGUGAUCAUGACUGGGUUUAAAAAAUUUUUAUUUCUUUUUAUUAUUCCUUCCGUAUAAUUAAUUUCUCAAGCCUGAACUAAAAGCACCAGCCAGAAAAGGGUACAUACUAUUAUGGUAUGAAUUUCCUUCACAUGGCGAAGGAGAUUCAAUACUCUACCCACAUUCUGCUGGUGGAAAUGUCUAGCUGUGAAAACUGUCAGGGUCUUGGCUUAGCUUGACUUUAUGGCUGCCAGUUAACAGCGAUGCGCCCUGACUCCAUUGAAUUUUCUGCCAGACCUUUUUUAUAGCAAAUGCCUGCUCAGGAAAUUGUUCUGAGAAUUAAAGGGUCACUUUAAAGUUGUCAUUCCAGAAAUAAAUAACUUCCCCGCCCACUGUGUGGAGGGCUACCUCCCAAGGCUGCCAAUCAGCCAGCUGGGAUACGUUCUUCCUGCUUGGAAGUGCCCAAUUUCUACAACUUUUGUGACUCAUGUCAGCGCAUACAGCAUGCUAACCCAGAUAACUAGUCAGGCUGCACAUAGCUGGGUGAGUUGUACACAGUCUUAAAGCGUGUGCUUCCCGCCUUUAACUCCUUAAGGACCAAACUUCUGGAAUAAAAGGGAAUCAUGACAUGUCACACGUCAUGUGUCCUUAAGGGGUUAAAACAUUGAAAUACAUAUUUUUUUUUCUUUUAAAGAAUAUACAAAUUGGUUCUGGAUUUGAGCUCUUACGAGAAGCAAACGUCAAACAACGUGCCACUCUGAUGGAAAGCUGUGUCCUGUUAAAUUGCCCCUACUGGGCUACAACUCCUAACCACUCGGCAAACCGCUUAUGUGGAGUAUACCUCCAAUUAAAAUAAUUCUGGGGUUUGUUGAGCCUAAUAAGAAUUUUGGUGUAAAAUUAUUUUAAAUGGCAAGUCACCAUUUUAAAGGGACACACCACACAGAUAAAGCACUAAAUCAUCAUGAAAUGCUGUGUGCCAUUAGUGACAGUUUAUAGUAGAAAUCUUCACUUUUCUAAUUGGGUGGCAGAAGCAUCUCCCUAGGUGUCGAUCAGAAAGCCGGGAGGUUUUUUCCACAUUUGUUCGCUCCAGAGAGCAAACUGAAGUGGCAGGCACACUGUUAGUUAAUGCCUACCUUUCCCUUUUCUCAGUGAGUUGUAUUGACUGGAAAUCUGUCAUUUUAUAAUGAGAGGAUGCUCAUAUUAUGCAUUGACUUUCUUUACCAAACUCCAGCAGCAAAGAAAUUUUAAAUAAAAUUUAGUGAACAAUAGACAAAAAAAGUCAAUAACUGAAAUUGAAUCCUUAAUAGCCUAUCUGCAUCCAGCAUGGACUAUAUGACAAAUAAUUCCCAAAUCUCCUUCUUUGUUAGUAUAUUUACUACUAUUUCUCUGGUGUUUUCAUGUUUAAUAUGGAUCACACUUUUGUACGGUUUCACUAUUCUUCUGUUCAUCUAUGUAUGUAUAUUAAUGUAGUUUUAUAUAUUUAUACACUGUUAUUUGUUGUGAUUUUCCCUACCUUAUUGUAGUGAGCUGAGUCAAAAUGAUUCCAAGCCAACCAAUCAGUGUUAUGAGUCAAAUUACACAGCAUGGGAAAAUUCCAAAGAACUUCCCCACGCUGUGUAAAAUUACUCUGAGCACUCUGGUUGGAUUCCAAGCCAACCAAUAAGAGUCCUCUGAUAUGUAAAUAGUGAGCCUUAUAGGUACCCAAUCAGGUAAGGCUCACUAUUUACCUAUCAGAGCCCUCUUAUUGGUUGGCUUAAACCAACCAAUCAGAGCACUCUGAGUCAUAUUGCAAGAUGUGGGAAGGCUUUAAAAGCCUUUCCCCGCCCUGUGGAGCUCAGUUUACGCGGUGCCCUCGUCUGGUGUCCCCUAGUCACCCUGUGGUGGGCGGGCGGGGUUUUCACGUCGCCCACUGGUGGGGGCCAGGACGGAACAAUAGGUUCCCCCACUGUAAUUUUGGGCCCCCACCCGCCGCUCAUUGGGGAGCACAUAUGUCCUCUUCCAUAAGCGGCUGGUGGGGGCUGAGGGGGACGGGACAAUAGUCAUCUGUUUGAACAAUCUAAAUAUGGAGGAUUUUAUAGCAGUGAGCCGAUCUCUGAUUUAGCUCACUGCUUGUGAACGCGCAAAUGGAGCGCAUGGGCAAUAGAGCGUUCGCCCUUUCGUAUAAGGAAUCAUUGAAUACGAUGAUUCCCUAUGAGUGUAAUUUGAUUGGCGCAUAGCAGCAAAUGCUGUGCAUGCGCGUAUGGUCCGCAAUGCUUCUCUAUGAGAAGCUAGUGAUUGGACCUGAACUAUUAGUAACUGAUGACGCGAAAGGGGGUGGGGCGUAAUGCUGCUAGGUCACGGAAACAGAAAACCAGGUAAAUACUUAUUUUAAAUGUAAAUAGUAAUAAUAAAAUAUUGUAAUGGUGUUUGGUGCUAUACAGUAUAUCUUCCUGAUCAGCUAUUUUAUCAAAUCACAACCCUAUUGAGUCCUUUCCUGUGGGUAAACAUCCUCUAGUUUGCAGGCUUAUGAAGGGUAUUCGAUUUUAACGCCUUCCCAUGCUCUAAAUAUCAUUCGACAUAGGAUGUUACUCUGGUUCUCCAGUUAAUAGAAUCUUGGGGUGACAAUGAUUCAUUAUCCUAUAAAUUAAUUUCACUUAAACUUACUGUUUUACUCUGCCUAAUUUAUUUUAAGAGUUUCUGAUGUUAGGGCUUUAGACUUAAGUAAUAGACAAUAUACUCUUCAUGGUGUUCAUUUCUCUAUUGUUAGACAUACCAAAACUAAUCUUCCAUCUUUUUGUUAUCCUUUUUCUGAUCAUCCUCUUUUAUGUUUGGUCAGCUGUCUAUAAGUGUACGAACUGAAACCCUCAUCUAUAAGACAUUCCAAUUUCUCUCCAUUACUAAUCUUUUUGCAAACCUUUUCUUUCUGUCUCUUCUAAAUCUUUAGCUACAUGGGUAAGACAAACUGUCUGAGGCCGGUAUUGACGUUUCUCUAUUAGGAGCUCACUCUUCUAGAGGAGCUAUGUCUACUAAAGCUUUUCAGGCAGGGGUAUGUCAGAUUUACUAAAAGCUGCAGAUUCUACAUUUAAAAGGUUUCAGACCCAACAUGCAUAUUUCAAAAGUAAUUUUGUAAUUGUAUUUACAGUUUCUAUAUUUGUAUUGUGCUUUAGCUUUUAACAUGAAAUUCAAGGUUUUUCUAGUCUUGACAUCAGAAAAUAUAGAUUUUUAUUAGACAUUAAAAAUGGAUCAAAAUAAAUAAUACAGCCCUAAAGUAACGUUUAUACAACUCCCUAAAUCUCCACGAACCCAUCUGUAUGAGUUGCAGUGACAUUUUGCCUCACGUCUUAUGAAUUGGAUGCAUUUGAUUGUACAAUGCCCAACACUAAUAAGGAGGAAAGUUCUGGCCAAAACACAGGUGGGUCUUCAUUAGAUGCAGAGACUAGUUCUAAGUUUGUUGGGCUUAGGGAAUGAGUGCCAAUGUUAUUAUGUAACUAGUCGUGGAUUAUUAGACCGUUUCCUCUUUUAGUGCCACAGAAAUGUCCUUCUCCCAGUCGUCUGAACAAGUGAAAUGGAGGUAGAACGUGGAUAAUACUAAUAAAAUGAAGCUCAUUGUUAAAUAAUGAUAUAAAGCCUAAAUAGCUUGUAACAUGUAUUCUAAGUUCUGUUUUUUUAAUCCAGAUAGCCAGAGCAUGUAAUAAUUUCUCUUUAUUCUCUGUGCAUGUCUUCGUACAUUUAGUAAUGAUAUUGUCUUAUAUCCUUACCUGUCAGAAUAUGGAAACAUUUUAUCUCCAUUUUUUCAGUCUAGUUAAAAUGCGCUUUCAUACAGCAGCAUCAGUUUCCUUUUAACAAUAGCGGAGGUUGAUUAGUUUUCUAUUACAAUAUUAAUGGCAUUUAGCCAGUAUCCAUGGUUUCUUUUAUUCCCUGUUAACCGUUCUUCCUGCUCAUUUAUAGGCAGCUGCAGGAGCAGCAGCGGCAGAAAGACCUGGAGAGAGAGAGGUUAGAACGUGAGCGGAUGGAGCGAGAGCGGCUGGAACGCGAGAAGAUCGAGAGGGAGAGGUUGGAGAGGGAGAGACUUGACAGAGAGCGCUUAGAACAAGAACAGCUGGAGCGAGAGAGAGAACGCCAGGAGCGAGAGCAGAAAGAACAGCUGGAGCGGGAACUGCAAGAGCAAGAAAUGCUUGAACAAGAGAGGAAAGAGCGCGAGUUGCAGGAAGAGCUGGAAAAAGAGCAGCUGGAAUGGGAAAAGGAACGGCGGCUUUCCAAUGCUGGUAAGAAUACCCAGUGUAUAUUGUUCUCAUUGACAUGUAUCCAUGCGGUCUGCUGGCUAGAGAGAACACAUAGACAUGGGAGGAGUCUCUUUCUUCUGGGUUUUGACUUUGGUUUCAUGGUUUUUUUUUUAUUUUAUUUUUUUAUGUUGCAUCAAAUUUUUACUCUGCCACUGUAGCUGAACUGGAAAUGUACCAACAUGCUACUGCCUGAUAGAGGAAGUCAGAGCUUGUUUUAGUUGUGUGGUUGUGUUUAAGCGUAUUGAGAGGUGUGUGACUCAUAACUGGUUUUACUUGCCCUAGUAUGAAUUUCUUUUUGUUGGGUUGCAGUUAAAAUUAAAAUAAAACCGUAAGAUAAUCAUGUAAAUAAAUCUCAAUAAAGCAGACAGAGUUGACGCGACCACCUUAUAUUGCUAACGCUGUCUUAUAGUUGUAUCACUCACUCAUUCAUGUCCAUUCUUCAAUGUUUUACUGACACUUAAAGGGACACUAUAGUCACCAAUACAACUACAGCUUAUUGCAUUUGUCCUGGUGAGUAGAAUCAUUCCCUUCAGGCUUUUUGCAGUAAACACAGUCUUUUCAGAGAGAAUGCAGUGUUUACAUUACAGUCUAGAGAUAACUCCACUGGCCACUCCUCAGAUGGCUACUAGAGGUGCUUCCUGGGGCAGUGCUGCACAGUGUGACUGACAUUCAGUGUCUCCAUCCUCUGCAUGGAGACACUGAACUUUCCUCAGAGAUGCGUUGAUUCAAUUUAUCUCUGAGAAGUUGCUGAUUGCCCAGGGAUGUGUUUGACCUGUGCUGGCUCUGCCCCCGAUCUGCCUCCUUGACAGUCUCUGCCAAUCCUAUGGGGAAACAUUGUGAUGUCAGCAGACAGGGGCAAAGCCAUCAGCUGCAGUCUUGAAUAGAAGUAAGAUUACUUCUAAGUUACUUACCCGAUCGCCGCCGCUCCCCCACAGGCAAUCAGUUUUCUUGUCCACUGGGGGGACUGUCUGACAGCCCAGACAAUCCCCCCCUCUGCAAAAUAGGAUCCCAAGGGCUAUGUGAUCGCUCUGAAAGAACAGUCACAUGGCCGCAAUAGACGUCCAUAGUGUUGCCAGCAGGGGGACUGCCUGAACUGACCGGCAGACCACUGCUGGUGAAAAAAAGUUUAAAAAAACAAAAAAAACCCAACCUAAUUAAAAAAAAAAAAAAAAAAAGUUUUAAAAUAAAAAAUAGUUCUAUAUAACGUCAUACUAAGUGUAUUUUAUUAAUAUAUACAUAUAUUAAUAUAAAAGUACACUUAGAGUAAAAUUACACACGUGUGUGUUUAUAUGUAUAUCUAUAUACAUAAUAACUAUAUAUGUGUAUAAUAUAUACAUUAUAAAAAAAAUUAAAAAUUAUUUUUUAAAAAUUAUAUAUAAUUUUAUUCUAACUGUAUUUUGAUAUAUGUAUUUAUAUCAAAAUAUGCUUAGAAUGAAAAUAAAUAUAUAAAAACAAUACGAAAUAUACAUAUGUCCAUAUACAUAAUUUCAUAUAUAAUGUAGACUUUAAAUAUAUAAAUAUUUAAAUAUGUAUAUAUAUUUAAAUUCUACAUGCAUCUUUGUGUAAUAUUUUUACAUAAUUAAGUAAUUUUAUUGAUUGCAAUUUGAGGGACCUGCCUGACAACCCAGGCCGAUUGGCCAGAGAAUUUAAUUUGCUGGCACUAUAUUUAAAGGAUAACUAUAGAGUCAGGAACACAAAGAUGUAUUCCUGACCCUAUAUUGUUUAAGCCACAAUUUAGGUGGCUUGCUCCCCUUAGGGAAAGCAUUGGAUUGCAUUUUUCACACACAAACCGCACUUUCACUGAUGAAACACUAAUAUUUGUGUUCAGCAAAGUCUCCUGAGUAUAAUAGUAACCACUAUGUACAGGUUCUACAGUGUUUUUGAGAGUUACAGGGUCAAAUAUAAGGCUUGAUUUUCCGUCUUUUUUCACAUUGAAAUUCGCCAGAUUGGUUACAUUGCCUUUGAGACCGUAUGGUAGCCCAGGAAUGAAAAUUACCCCCAUAAUGGCUUACCAUUUGCAAUAAUAGACAGCCAAGGUAUUGCAAAUGGGGCAUGUCCAGUCUUUUUUAGUAGCCACUUAGUCACAAACACUGUGUGUACAUGCUUUAACUUAACUCCUUAAGGAUUGAGCCAAAUGUGCACAUUGUGAUCAAAACAAAACGUAAACAAAAUCUUGAAUUUGACUGUCUGUCUGUCCAACCGUAAUUCACCUCAUAUUAACCCCUUAAGGACACAUGACAGAAAUAUUCCAUCAUGAUUCCCUUUUAUUCCAGAAGUUGUGUCCUUAAGGGGUUAAGUGCACCCACACUUAUUAUAUAUCCUUUUAUUCAGGGGAAACAGGGAUUUCAUUUAACAUCAAAUAUUUAGCUAUGAAACAUAAUUUAAUAUGAAUAAAAUAUAAAAAAAAUGGGAGAAAAUAAGACUCACAGGCACAAAUGGAGGGAUAUAUAUAUACUUUGAUCCUGAUGAAAGGUAUGGUAUGCGAGCACCCGGCCACUAAGGGAUUUAAACGUGCGUGCAAGAGCAAUUUUCUUUUAUAUUUAUAUUUAUAUAUAUAUAUAUAUACCGCGAACUAGUGUUUCUCCCUUAUAUGAUCUAAAACAGUCAUGUAAAAUAAACAAUGAUAUGUAAUUAUGAAUAAAUUCAUAACUUGCUGCAGCAUGUUCUCAACCCCGUUAAUUUUAUCUUUUCACAAUAGUGCAGGUUAAAACUACUUUACUGUGUUCUUUAAAACAAACUCGAUAACAAGCUGGUAUACAGUAAAAUAUCACAAAAUGUAACAUACUGACAUGAAAUUAAACACUAUAAGAGAAGGCAAGACAGCAGAGGUUGGCUAUGUAGAAAAAAUGUAUUUGGAGAAAUUUGCUAAAUAUGUUCCUGCUGUUUGCUCCACUUUCACAACUUUGCCUCAAAAUUCCCCCCGCCUCCCACGUCUGUGACUACCAAUAUUUUCUCAACUUACAUUCCAUAAUGUCCUCUUCCAUGAACAUAAAUUGGUAGGAUUUUGCUGUAGUGGGCAAAAAGGGCUAGUCUCUGCAUCGGAGGACCCUCACAGUCUAAUAUAUUGUAUACAGACUAGACUUGACCAGUAAAACGUUGAUUGUAAAUGGAUUUGCAUUGUUGGUGUUUUUUUUUUUUUUGCUUUUGUAUUUAAUAAAAAAAAAACUGUAACAUUACUUGGUUGGGUGCUGUUGAAUAAUUUCCAUUUUAAUUUAAUGCAUAUGUUUAAUUUCUGCAAUAACUCCUUUUCCUAAUCUUCUGAUACUAACCGUUCUCAUUUAUACUUUUUAUUUGAAUGCUGGUUUGGUUGCUUCAUUAGCUCCUUUUUUUUCUCUUUCUUCUUUUUUUUUGUCUCGUCUGUCUCUGCUGUCCUACUCUUCAUCAGACUCAUCUUUCAACAACUCAUUAUAUAACGCUCAGCACAUUGAUUACUCCAGUUGCCAACCACACUCCGUAUCUCCCAUAGCUUACGCUAAAGCCAUUUCCGUUCCGGCUGCCUCUGUAUGUACAGAUUCCAUUACGGACUAUGUAAUAGUGAACUCUACAUCCAUUAACUCUACACCACCCACACCUCCUCUGCGACACUCUGCGUCACGUUUUGCUACAUCAUUAGGUUCUGCCUUCCAUCCUGUUCUUCCCCAUUAUGCAACUGUUCCUCGGCCAAUCAAUAAAAUCUCAAGACCUCCUUCUCCAGUGAAUACGGCUCCACCUCCUCCACCGCCUCCACCACCUCCUGCAAAACCAAUAUCCUGGUCUGCUUCUAACUUUGCUCCACUUCCUCCUUCUCCACCAGUGAUGAUUAGCAGUCCUCCGGGGAAAGCUACUGGGCCGAGGGCUGUUCAUCUAGUUUCUACAUCCAGUCAGUUGGCUCAGAUGUCCCUUAUAUCCACUGCCCCAAACGGACACACAGAUAGCUCAGCUUUUGAAAUGCCUUCUACUUCAGCACCACAUCCUGCACCACCGCCACCACCUCCAUUGCCAGCAUUCCUACCGUUCUCAUUGUCUUCAUGUCAAACUGUCACUCCUCCUCCCAGCACCUCUGUUGUCUUUGCACCUUCAUCCCAGUCUAGUGUUCUCCCUUCUCCCUCUGCAGCUUCCCCUGCCUCUGUUGAGAACUCUUUAAACUCUGUGCUGGGAGAGUCCUGUGCUUCUCAGCCAGAUUUGAUCACCACCUCUCAGCCGAUUGACCCUUCCAGCCAUGCGGGUAAGGCUUUCUGUCACUUGCAACUAAUUGACUAACCUGAACUUGUGUUUGUUAAGCUUGAAGGAGUUGCAGUUGGAUUAGAUUUAAGACGUGCCUUAUCAAACCUCUUACUUUGAGACCUGUCCUGCCCAUGUUUCCUAGCAUGAUUUAUAAAUGGUUACAAUCUGUCAAUCAUUCAGACUCCAGAAUUUGUAAUAAUUUUGUAUGCAAAGAGCCUGACGAUUUAGAUGAGGGUGGUGAUAUAGAAAUAUCCUCCAAGCAGAACGGCCGUGAUGGAACAAGUCCUUUGUAUUUUACAUUCUGUUUUUGUGCUGGUUUUGAUCCGAAUUACGACAAUAUAAAGCAACUUUCAGAUACAAGAUUUACAUAAUUUGCAUUUAUCUUUAUCUUUUUAUUAAUAACACACUAAUACUGGUAUUUCAUAGAGCAGUAUUGUUCUGCUGUGUAAUAUUGAGGCAGUAUACCGUUUAAUAUGCCUAGGAUUACGAAGAGGAUAGUCAGAUCCCAUUACUGGACUACAUUAACCAUAACACUGUUCUGUUGGGUAACCGUAUAAGCAUUCAAGCUGUUAUGGAGCUUCAAGUCUCUGAACACAAAAUCCCACUUCAGGACUUGCAUACAUAUGUAUGUAUAUGUUUAUGCAUAUAUUAUGUUAUGUGAGCAUAUUAAUACAUAAGCAGUCCUUUGUAGAGAUGCGAAUCCAGGUAGGUAUAACCUUUAAUCUAUACAUCAUCUAACAUGCAAGUCAUAUAACACAAUGUAUAACGACCAUUUUAGAAAUUAGAAUUUGUGGAAAAUGAGUCUGUCGCUUGUGUGUAAUUACAUUUUUAUUUAUCUGAAUGUUAGUUUGCAUGUGCAAAAUAUUGGAAAACACUAAUCUGAUAUCCUGGGAGGAUUUGUAGCAUUAUAUGCAUGUACUAGUUCAAAUUAUGCUGAUUUAUUAGAAGAUCCAGAAUAGAUUCAUUUUGCAGUUUUCUUUAUGUGGUGGCGAGAGCUUCAUGGUUCUGAUAAUCUCUGUAUUUUCUGCAUUUGCCUGUAGUUAUUAGUUAUUGUGCCAUUUUCUCUUUGCAGGUGUUAUUCCUGGACCGCCAGCACCUCCUCCCCCGCCCCCUUUGCCGCCAGGUUCUAGCUUUUCUUCAGCAACUGGUCCUCCAGCAGCUCCACCACUCCCUCCUUCAGCUCCUGUGCCACCACCACCUCCUGGGCCACCACCUCCUCCUGGGCCUCCACCUCCAAUGUUUGGCCAGGGUCCUCCUCGAGCUCCACCUCUUCCAUUUUCUUCAGCUUCUGGCUCAGGAGAUAACCGUCCUUUACCAGGCCUAGCUGCUAUGCUUGCUGGAGCCAAACUUCGAAAAGUAUCCAUGGUAAAUACUGUGUGUGUUUUAGAGAUAUACGUUUAUUUUCUACAAAUCAAAGUCUGUACAUAAUCAAAUGGCCUUUUAGUAUAGGCGGCUGGGAGUCCCAAAUACCCUGGAUAUACUCAUCUUUCUACUGGAUUAGGUUUAGUCUGAAAAUGGUUAGAAGUGCCCAGAGCCUGUGCUAUAUUAAGUAUACUAUACUAUACUAUCUAACUUUUCAUUCACUUACACAGUAAAUCAUCACUGGGCACCGAAUCAUUCCUUUCAUCUGAGAGAGAGUUCUUGUAUUGCAGGCAAUAGGAAGUUUUCUGUGUUUUUUGGUCUUCUCCAAUCACCACAUUUUACUAUAGCUUGUGUAGAUGAUAUUAAUUAAUAUUGAAUGCUGGAAAUGUAUUUUUAAGCCAUUUGAUUAGAAAAUUUCAUGCAUUCAAUGUACUUUACUCCACAAUAAAGUGUAAAGGGUGUGUAUAAGUGUAUGUCCCCAUAUUAUCCUGACUGCUUCCUUUGUCAAUCAUAGUUUUCUAGAAAGUAUUGUCCCGUUCAUUAAAUGCGGCUGUAAAAAUGACGCUCUUUUUGUCACAGGAUGAGGAUCCCAUCAAUCAGGGAGUUGUAAGUGUCCUGGCACUAAGCUCAGCUGCUGCCAAGACAGAGCCGAGUCGAGGUAAUGGACCUCUUUCGAUGGCUGGUGGGGGACUGUUAGAAGAAAUGAGUGCAGUUCUAGCAAGGAGGUGGGUUUGCUUUGGCUUAUGCUAAAUACAACUCUGCUCUAACAUGUUUAAUGAGUCUAACUGCUUCUUCCCUUGCUGUUUUCAAUUAGGAGACGAAUAACAGAAAAGCCCUCACCACUUGAAGCCGAUCCGAAAGAAGACAAGACAGUAAGUGUAACCACGCCAGGAGCCCAUAGCUCCGCAUUAUUACAAUUUCUCCUUGAGUUUUGACAUAUCUGCAUCAUUCUCUUUUAUGUAAAUGUGUUUUUAACCUGCAUUUUAUUUUAGUGUAGUUUUAUUUGGUACCUGCAUUGGCAAUGCAUGUUUUUAUAGUAGCCAAGUAUUUUUCGUUGUCCAUUUGACAAGUUUGGAACAACCUUUUUCACUAAUUUUGCUUGUUCGUCCUAUAUUUUAUAGGAAGAGCCUCAGUCUGCAUUGGUAAGAGCUCCUUCAGCCGGCACGCCUGGUGAGUUCCUAAUUAAAAAUAAAAAAUCAAUCAGUUCUGUUUGUUUUGCGAUCCCUUUGGUGUAGUUUAGUAGUGUGCAGCCAGAGUAAAGUUAUCUUUACGCUUUUACUUAUUUACAGACGUAGCAGAAUAAAACGUUAUAUCAUUUGUGGGCGCUAUUUGAAGACUUUCUAGAGCAAUGAGGAUUUUGGAUUUCUGCCUUGUAAAAUAUGUUAAUCUGGGUAGACCUAUGUUCUGAGUCUUGAUCUAAAAUGUUCUUUCCUGUAGAACCAGCCAGAAAGCCUUGGGAGAGAAUGAAUACAAUAAAUGGAAGUAAAUCACCUGUUAUCUCCAGGUAAAUUCUUCAGAAUAAAAUAACUUUGGAAAAUUUCAAAACCUAUUUAUUUUUGGGUGUUGCUGUGACUAGUAAAUUAAUGGUUUUUAGUUGUGAUGCCUGAGAUGUAUCCUUUCUGUCUGAACGAUGUAUAUUGUGCAAUGUGAGGGUCAUAUAGGCUUUUUUGUAUAGAACUCCAUUUUGAAUGGGAUGAAUUAUUGUGAUUAUGGUGAUGUAUGCUGUAUUGAUAUAUUGUGCUGCUAUACCGGUCCUCUUUAUAAUCCCUGUAAUUUGUAUGUAGAAGGGAUUGUUAAUAUUGAGAGAGGAACAAGUAUCUGGCAGCUCCAUUUUACCGGGGGCCAGAAGAUGCUACGGAGGAGUUUUAGUAUUUAAAUGUGCAGUCUGAGUGAGGUAAGCACAUGACAUCAAGACAUACUAGCGAUUAGUAUUAUAUGCCAAACUGUAACUUGGAAUACGUGCAUAUGAUUAAAAAUAAAUGAAAAAAAAUAAAAGCAAUAUACAUUUUACAUUUUUUUUGGAAUGGUUAGGAUUUUUUUUAAAAAAAUUGGGGUGUUUAUUUUUAUUAAAUUAUAUUCUAGACCAAAGUCGACACCAUCUGUGCAACCCAGUGCCAAUGGAGUGCAGUCAGAAGGCCUAGAUUAUGACAGACUGAAGCAGGUAAUGGCCAAGACUCUUGUGUAACGACCUCAUGGGUAUAUCAUUGUAAUGUUGGUGUUAGGUUUAAAACAACUGGCAUUGUUUGUCACUGCUCAGUACGGUGACACAGAUUGUGUCCCUUUACAAAAUCAUGUCCCUUGUAAAUAUCAAAAAGAUAUAUCAAAAUUAGGAUUAGUCUGUUAUUCUCUUUAAAAUAGUGGGACAUGUUGAAAUACCCCAUGACAAUAAAACGUGUGGACGGACGGAGACACACACACACACGAAAUCAUUACAUGUAAAUUUAAAAAAAAAUUUCCUCAAUUUCAUUCAUAUUAAAUGUGUAAUGUAUACAAAUGGAUAUAUAGAACAAAAGAUCUACCUCUUUUAAAUGAUAUACACUAUGCCUGGGUUUCAAAAAGGCCUUGGUCAACAAUGUCUCAAAACAGCCCUGAUCCUUAAGGGGUUAAACAGAUUGGUACAAACAUUACCUUUGAUGUAAUAUAUGACCCACUUGCUCUAAGUGUGUAUGGUACUUUUAACAUGUGCUGAUGGAGUAAUAUUAAAUGUAUGCUUCUUUAUGCUUAAGGAUAUAUUGGAGGAAAUGAGAAAAGAAUUGACAAAACUUAAGGAAGAACUUAUUGAUGGUGAGUAUACACUAUGUGCACUCUAAUAUCUCUCAUUCUGGGGGGAAGGCAGGCGCACUCGAAGAUCUAUCAUUCUGGGGGGAAGGCAGGCGCACUCGAAUAUCUUUCAUUCUGGGGGGAAGGCAGGCGCACUCGAAUAUCUUUCAUUCUCGGGGGAAGGCAGGCGCACUCGAAUAUCUUUCAUUCUGGGGGGGAAGGCAGGCGCACUCAAAUAUCUUUCAUUCUGGGGGGGAAGGCAGGCGCACUCAAAUAUCUUUCAUUCUGGGGGGAAGGCAGGCGCACUUGAAUAUCUCUCAUUCUGGGGGGAAGGCAGUCGCACUUGAAUAUCUCUCACUCUGGGGGGGGAAGGCAGGCGCACUUGAAUAUCUCUCACUCUGGGGGCAGGCACACUCUAACCCAGCACUCAUCCAGUUUCUCUAGCACUGUGGAGAUCACGAAAGCUGCAGAAAACCUUUCUGGCUGGCCUGGGAAAUGUUCUAGCAAAGUUUUUAUAAAUCUGUGUGGAAUUGACACUUUUUUAUUUUAUUUUAUAAACUUUCCCAAAUACAACAGACACAUAAAGCACUUGAGAAAUAGAACUUGUGCUAUCCAUUUUCAUGAGAUGUUCAGUUUAGGCACAGUCGGGGCCCACAUUGGAAAUGAGAAGGGAAAGUAAUAAAAAUUUCUAAUUUCUCAAUGCUGACUGCUAGGAGCAGAAAAUUGAGCUUCAAAGGAUGAUUGAAAGAAAGCUAAAUGGAGUCUCAGAAUUGCAGGAAAAAGAGCUGUGGAAUUCUACUUUUAAUUCUAGUUUUCACACCAAAUAAAUACAUCCUGUAUAGGGGAUAGGGAAACAUAAUGGUAGAAAUACAUACUGUAUAGGGGAUAGGGGAACAUAAUGGUAGAAAUACAUCCUGUAUAGGGAAACAUAAUGGUAGAAAUACAUACUGGAUAGGGGAACAUAAUGGUAGAAAUACAUACUGUAUCCUGUAUACGGGAUAGGGGAACAUAAUGAUAGAACUACAUCCUGUAUACGGGAUAGGGGAACAUAAUGGUAGAACUACAUCCUGUAUACGGGAUAGGGGAACGUAAUGGUAGGAAUACAUCCUGUAUACGGGAUAGGGGAACGUAAUGGUAGGAAUACAUCCUGUAUACGGGAUAGGGGAACGUAAUGGUAGGAAUACAUCCUGUAUACGGCAUAGGGGAACAUAAUGGUAGAAAUACAUCCUGUAUAGGGGAUAGGGAAACAUAAUGGUAGAAAUACAUACUGUAUAGGGGAUAGGGGAACAUAAUGAUAGAAAUACAUCCUGUAUAGGGAAACGUAAUGGUAGAAAUACAUCCUGUAUAGGGGAACGUAAUGGUAGAAAUACAUCCUGUAUAGGGAAACGUAAUGGUAGAAAUACAUACUGUAUAGGGGAUAGGGGAACAUAAUGAUAGAACUACAUCCUGUAUACGGGAUAGGGGAACGUAAUGGUAGAACUACAUCCUGUAUCCUGUAUACGAGAUAGGGGAACGUAAUGGUAGAACUACAUACUGUAUACGGGAUAGGGGAACGUAAUGGUAGGAAUACAUCCUGUAUACAGGAUAGGGGAACAUAAUGGUAGGAAUACAUCCUGUAUACGGGAUAGGGGAACAUAAUGGUAGGAAUACAUCCUGUAUAUGGGAUAGGGGAACAUAAUGGUAGGAAUACAUCCUGUAUACGGGAUAGGGGAACAUAAUGGUAGGAAUACAUCCUGUAUACGGGAUAGGGGAACAUAAUGGUAGGAAUACAUCCUGUAUACGGGAUAGGGGAACAUAAUGAUAGAAAUACAUCCUGUAUAGGGAAACGUAAUGGUAGAAAUACAUCCUGUAUAGGGAAACGUAAUGGUAGAAAUACAUCCUGUAUAGGGGAAUGUAAUGAUAGAAAUACAUCCUGUAUAGGGGAACGUAAUGGUAGAAAUACAUCCUGUAUAGGGGAACGUAAUGGUAGAAAUACAUCCUGUAUAGGGGAACGUAAUGGUAGAAAUACAUCCUGUAUAAGGAAACGUAAUGGUAGAAAUACAUCCUGUAUAAGGAAACGUAAUGGUAGAAAUACAUCCUGUAUAAGGAAACGUAAUGGUAGAAAUACAUCCUGUAUAAGGAAACGUAAUGGUAGAAAUACAUCCUGUAUAGGGGAACGUAAUGGUAGAAAUACAUCCUGUAUAGGGGAACGUAAUGGUAGAAAUACAUCCUGUAUAGGGGAACGUAAUGGUAGAAAUACAUCCUGUAUCGUAAUGGUAGAAAUACAUCCUGCUUCAAAUAGACAAACAAUAUACAUAUAAAAAGGAAACCUGUACAAGGCAGACGCAGGUAAAGAGGGACCCUUUAGAAUGAGCAGUUUAAUGAUUUAUUUGAAACUGUAUGUAUAAAAUGGUGUUUAUUAAUCUUACUUCUGUAAGUCUGUUGCCAGCUCAUCGCAGACUGCUCUUUAAUAUAAAGGCCGGUGCUGUGCAAUAGAAAUAAAAACCUCAGGAUUAUUAAACGAGGGUGCAAUUAUUACUGACCAUAAAAUAGACUGAAGGCAUUUUGUGAUUUUUGUAGCUCUUGAAAUUUGUAACUAGAUGUCUAGAUCUACUAGUAUAUUUUGUGAAUAAAUUGUAUGUUAGUUUUGUAGGUUUCCUGGUCAAUUUACAAUUUGUUUUUGUAUUCCAGCCAUUAGACAAGAACUAGGAAAAUCCAACAGCGCAUAAAGACCUUUCAGUGGAUUGAAAGGGACUCGAUUUUAUAAAGGAAGUUUGCUAUUCUGCAAAAGGGGAACAGCAUAUAAAAACCUUUCACAGACUUCACUUUGGAUGUACACGAAAUUCUGUCCUGGUUUUCAGCUUUUUUUCCUUCUGACCUGUGAGAGCAUAUGGGGAAAAAAAGUCUUAGUCACUGUAAUAAUUAUGCAGAUUUUUUUUUUUUUUAUAUAUAUCUGUUUUUUUUGAGGGGUGCGGGGGGAUAAUGGAGGGAUUUAUUUUUUUUCUCCUGUCAAAGGAAGCUUGCAGUGCAUCCGGACAAAUCACAAACCAUGUCAAGAUAAUCUUGCACAUAUUUCAAAAUUCAUGUUUGAGAAAAGAAUGUGGGAAUGAAUGACUGAUGGUAGAAAGGUAAUCUGGUCGUGUACUGCAAGUGUAACUCAGGUUUGUCUUCCUAAAGUAUUUGAUAUUUCCAUUAAUAACGAACAUUGUAGACGGUCACUGUACAAGUCAUGCAUUUACUGGGCGUUUGUGAUCACAGGGUGGUAUUUAGGAAGAAAUCACUUCAACAAGGGUGUUGCACAUUAAUAGAUUUUUUUUUUUUUUUUAUUGUUUUGAUACUUUGACAGGAUGCCUCUUAAUUUUGUAGAUUUAUUUAGAAGAGGGGGGAGGGGAGAGAAAAGAAAAAUUCAAGCAAAUAUGAUCUGUUCGAGGAAAUAGAUGCCUUCCUAGAUAGUUUCAGUGCUUUACCAAAUCAAAACUACAUUUACCUAAUAGAUUUAAUAAUUAUUCAUACAUCUUUUGGUACCUUGCACCUUUUUAAAGAUACUUUUUGCAUGGGGACAUUUUUGCAAAACUAUCAUCUAACAAUCAACUGCUUAUAAAUAGAAAAGCAGCGCAUGUCACAUUGACUACUAAAUGCCCUCCGCACUCAUCUUGGGAAUAUCUGAUCAUGACCAUACAGUUAAUCUUAGACACUUUUAUUAUUACUGCACCAAUUUGCCAUAGGUUAGAUGCAUGUGUAGAUUGGGGAAGUAUCUGACAAUCGCCAUAUUGGAACGGAUAUCCACAACACAGCCUAUAUUUGGUUCGUUUAUUAGAAUUUUUUUUUUUUUGUUUUUUGAUUUUUCUCCAUCAAAGCUCCUGGACAGAGUGGAUUAGCUCAAGACACACUCCUUGAGGUUUUUAUCCCAUUUAAAGAAGAGGAACUGUUACCUUCUGGAUGGAGUUACACGUGGUCUUUCCCAGAUAAUAUACACCUUUUAAUGAGCUGCUCAUGUUAAAAGUUGCUUACAAAUCCUGCACAUACUAUUUAGCAGCAUGGAGCUGUAAAAUGAUUGUACCGCAUUGAUGUUGGUUUAGGAAAUUUAUUCUUUUUGUAGGAAGUUUGUGUUUUGAGCAAAAAGGCAGAAUUUUGUAGUCUGGAUUAGUGCCAUAUCAACAUGGAGUCUACAAACCCCUACGAUUCCCUGUGAUUCUUUACACAAUGUAAAAGUCAAUCGUGCAAACCUUGGUCAGUGCUGGUCACCAAAGGAAAAUCCGUUUAAAGAAGGUUCCGGACAAAGGGAAUUGUUCCCCUCGAAGUGCUGUUCUGACUGUCUUAGAUUAGAGACGUGGACUCUAAAUGGAAGCAGCCUUUUCUAAAAAACCCUACAUGGUCAGAAUGAAUUCAGCAUUGAGAAAGAUGGCGAGUUCGUAAAGUUUUGUCAGUUGCGUAGAAGCAUCAUCAGCUCUGUUUGCAGAUAUCUUAAUAGUUAGAACGUUCCGGCCAUGUGUAAGAAUUUUUUUUUAUAGAAAAUGUUCGACUUGCCCUAUAAUGAUAUGACCACAAGCAGUCCAAAGUAAGACAGACAAUGAGUCUUGAGCGGUAUUCGGUUUAUGCACUAUACGUUUUGUGCCUUGGUCUGAAAAUUAACAUGACUUCAGUUUGAAAGUAACCCAAUGUCUUCAUCUUGUUUUUCAUGUUUUGUCUUCCCCCACCCACUGCCACCGCCACCUUACUAUUCUCUCUGGGUGACUAUAAACACAAACUCACUAAAUGCUUGCCAUGCGCCCAGUUGUUAGAGAUUUCAGUGGUUUUUCAGAUUCCGAAAGGCCUUUGUUUUCAACUUCUAAAAGAAUGUUUUGGAAUUUUGUCAAUUUUUAUUUAUUUCUUUUUGUAAAAGUUUUGGGAGGUGCAUAUAGGGCAAGGGUAUAUUUACUUGUGUACAGCCUAACCCUCUUGAGUUUCAGGAAAUUUGGCAUAAUACUGAUAUUUCCUCUGGUACGUAAAGGAUUCUGGGAAGUUUCCCCACUCCAACAAAGCUUUCUGCUUUUCCAACACUGUGACUGAAGUUGUGAUCAAUUUUAAGAAAUCAAUCACAAUGAAAACCGAAUGUACAAUUCUUAGUUCUGGUGCUGAAAUCUCUAGACAUUCAUAUCCUGGUCUGACAGUCAUGGUCCUCUUUCCUUUUGUGUGUCAUUUGAAGCAGGAUUUAAAACACUAAUGAAUGUUAAUCUAACCCUGCUCUAGAUUUUGCCACUUUUAAUUUUUGGUUUUGUUUUCCAAAUCAUCUCUGCUAUUUUUAACCAUUGUUUUGUUUUAAAUUUACUACAUUCUAACCUUUUUUUCCGUUUAUUUUUGAGAAAAUUAAAUAAAAUUGCAAUAUAUGUGUGGCCACCAUUUGUCUGUUGAAAAAUUUUGAACGCUUUGGACUGCCCUAAAAGUUAUUGCCUGGUUUAUUGAAUGUGGCGGGUGGAGGGAAAUGUAAUGGUUUGCAUAAUACGAUCAUUAGUUUUCUAAUUUUAAAGAGACAUUAUACGAGAAUUGAAUAAACGCCAGCAAUGUCAUAGAACUAUAUGUAUUAAUUCUGAAAUGAAGAAUGUAUAUAAAGAGAUUUGUGGUUGUCCUAAUUAGGUAGAAUGUGGUUGGGAUUACAAGUCCAAUUUUUGUUUUGUACAAAAAAAAAAAAAAAAGCUACAAAAAGCACAGAAUGGAAAAAAAUAUGGAUAAAUGAAGUCCAUCUGAUUAAACUAGUAAUGUUCCAUUGCCUGGGAUUGUAAAGCAUCGUUAUACAAUUUUUGGCUUUAAAUUAAGACGUUUUCCUGUCUAUCCCAAACUGAACAGGUAAGACUAAAACUGGAUAUUUGGUACAUCUACAACUUUGACAAACAGGAUAAAUUUCAGACUGAUUUCAUGUACUGAGGGAGAGCUUGUGAUCACAUUCUUUCUCUGUUUAAUUUCAAAGUGAGUUUUACUGCAAAAACCAUUUAAUGCAUUGGCAAUGCGUAUAACAGCUGCGUACAGUUGCUUUCAGAUUGUAAUGUAACAUGUCCAGUUGCAAAUUACGUUGUAAUAUUUUUUAUUUUAUUUUUUAAAUACAAACUUAAAGGCACUCACGCAAAAUCUAGAUAAACUUUGACAUGACCUGAUUUGUGAUUGCAGUUUGAGGGUGGAGUGACCGCUUCAUAGUUCAGAAUUUGUUUUGUAGACUUUUUUUUGGUUAUAUUAACACCCCCCACCCUCCGCUCUUUUUAUUUAUCUUUGUUUCUCUUCAACAAAUAAUGAACAGGAACCCAAAGUUUCAAUUUAAAAUCUUUACCUAUAUCUGUAGUAAAAUGUCACCUUUAUACACCGUAGUGAUAUUGUUUAACAUGAAGGCAACUUUUUUUUUGUUUGUUUUAUUCAUCAUCCAUAAAUAAUAAAAUCUGCCAGCUCUGUGAUGCUAAAAGCAGGAGAUAAGACAUUCUGCUUUAAACAGACUGUGCAAUACAGGGACCUGGAAUAUCUGGCUUCCUAUCAGGAAGGAUGUUCAAGUCACAUGUACGGAGGUGUGGCUGUACAAUCAAAGUGGUUUAAUUCCUAAAUGGCAGGGAAUUGAGCAGUGAGACUGCUGGGGCAUGAUCUAUACACCAAAACUGCUUCAUUCAGCUAAAUAUGUUUUGGUGACUAUAAAAUCAUUAUAACUUUUUUCACUUAUCCGUACAAAUUUAAAAAGAAAAACACUGCCCUGUGAAAUGACUUCCAGUGUUCCUCGACAAUAGGAAAUAUAGU